CGAGAAGCCAGCCAUCUUGCUGCGGUUGCUGUGUAGUAGACUAUCUAUCCGCCCUGUGGGUUGCGGAAGCAGUUAUCCGGCUGGGCCUUGGGUACCUUUAAAGGAAAAGCCCGACUGAUGCGUAAAAAGGUCAGAGAGAGGAGAGGGGGGGGGAGAACAGCUCGUGUAUUGCUGGGAUAAAGGAGUUAGGAAUAUAAAGGAGGGGGGGAUGUUUAAGGAAGCUAAACAAAGUGACAGACAGGGUUAUGGGAAUUUGUUUGUGGUACCCCUAGGUGAGUAAGGUUAGUCAUACUGGAGUUUACUUGUGUGGUGUGGCAGUGUAUGGUGUUUGGUAGAGAUGGUGGGGGGUGCAUCCAGAGGAGGGUGUUAUCAUAUCCCCAUUUGGGGUAGCAGGUGGUGACCUGGUUCAUGAGAGAGAGGGUGAGGUAGAUGUAACAAUAUCCCGACAACAGGGAGGCGGGUGAUGCUAUAUCCCUUGGUGAGGUAGAGGUGGUUGACACCAUAACAUACAGUCCAGGGGUCGGCAACCUUCCGCGCCCCAGAUGUUGUGGUCUACAUCCGCCAUAAUGCUCUUACACCCAUAGUGCUGGUAAAAAUAUUAUGGGAGGUGUAGUCCAAAACAUCUGGAGUGCUGAAGGUUGCCUAUACAUGCCAUACACCUUAUAGAGAGCCGGGCGCAGGCGUACCCCGCGGGACUGGGGAGCCGGGCGCAGGCUUUCCCCUGGGACAGGGAGUCAUGUGAUGCCAUGUUCAUUUUGAAGGGGACAGGUGGGUGACACUGUGUUUAUUUUUGAGGAGGAAGACUGUGGCACACAGUACGUGUGCUUUUAUACUCCACCUUAGAUUACUUUCUAAAACAUACAUUUAUUAAUGAGUAUAUAUUGCAGUCGCUGAGAAUUCAAAGUGAGUUAUAUUUAAGACUAAACUGAAAACAUUGACUAGGAGAAUUUUUCUGCCUUUAUUUUGAAAUUCACUUUAAAUUCUCCUUUAUUUCCCAGAAGUUAAAUAACCGUGGCUAAUUAUCAUUUGCUGAAACACUCUUUUUUUAAAGUGAGUGUUUUUCAUUGUUGUGUUUACUGUUUUUACAGAUAAACCUGUGCUGAGCAGGAGUUUAUUGUAAGUUAGCAUUCAAGUACACUGAGGCUGCUAUCAGUUUUAUAGAUGGCUUUAUACUCAUUUAUGCAAUUGGAGCUGUCGAGCAUGACGUCAGCUCAUGUCCCUUCAAAAAAAAAAAGAAAGGCAGGGAGACAGGUGACUAGUGUUUAAAAAAAAUAAAAAUAAUACAUUAACUUUUAGUUUUCAUCUUGUGCAAAAAUCUCAGUCACCGUUAAUCUUUCAGUUCAUCCAAUAAUCAUAUCCACUUCGUAAGCGGUUUCCUUUAGAGCAUUUCCUGGCAAGGGAUGCAAAAAGACUGAGGAAAUUAUGGGCACAGUUUAAUGGUAUAACCCUUGAAAAAUGGGUAGUUCUGGUCCUUACAUUCAAGAGAAUUGCCAAAUGUACAAUUCCUUAUAAAGUGGCUUUCAGCUGCUAAGUUAAAUUUGGUUAAAAUGCUGGAAUGUUGAAUGUGUUUAGUUGUUUUAUUAAACAUUUGCCAAACAUGCUAAAUAUUGGAUAAACAUACUAUAAUUUGAAGCUGCAUAGCAGUCUUUUGCUUCUGUAAACAAAGGGCUAACAUUCCUAAAAUAGAUCAUGUAGUUUUGGUUCUUGAUGAAAAGGUGACUUACAAAGUCACCCAGGACAGUUUUUUUGCAGUGUUUUUUGUUUAUUCCCUUGGUGUGUUAAUGUAUCCACUAAAAAUAAUACUGAGAAUUGAAAGAACUUCAGAGACACAAAAACUAUAUAAUGUAAUUGUUUAGGUGAAAAGCUUGCAAAGUACAUUACUGUAUACUUUUGAAAAAAAUAACUGCAGGAACAGCAAUAUUUUCAUGUCAGGGUUAGCUGUCAUAAUGACCACUACUAUUUCAAUCAGAUGGUCUUAGCAAGACCAUCUGUUUAGCACAGCCUAGCAUUUUACUGCGCAUGUGCAAUUGCCUCCCAAUGCUUUCUUAUGGGUAAUCAUAGGAUUGGCUUGAGAUCAUGAAGCUUGAUGAUAUCCGACAAAAAGGAGAAUGGAGGUAAAUGGGAGAAAAUGCAAUUCAAAUCACAUUUUAUCCCUGUCAGUGAGGACCUAAAAGUGCUAAAUAUCAGUAAUUCAGAGUGAAUUACUAAUUAAAGGCCAAAAUAGCCAAAUCUAAAAUAUUCUUUGUCAACUGUGCAUCUAGUUUGACUACUUGAUCUUAAUUUGACCUUAAAGGGACACUCAACAUUUCUAAUGCACAAGUGAGACAACUUAUCAUUCAGACAUCCGGUCCUCCUAUUUCCAGGUUGUUUAGAUCUGUGAAGCUAAAUUCAAGAUGUAGUCAGUUGCCCAGAGUACCUGCUUUGCAAAGUCUUUUCAUUGAGCUGCAUUGGAAAGAAGUCUGUCUGGAGAAGAAGGGUGGCUUGCAAAGGCUUCAGACAAGAUAUUUGCAGCUUAUGCAAGCUCUUUUUAUAUUUACAUCUAAUGGAAAAAAAUGCAUUAUGAAAUGUAGGGAUAUUUUCAUUGGGGUUAUAGCUAUAAAACAGUGAUCUUUAUAUAUUUUUAUUUUUUUGAAAGGAUGAUCAAAUAUGGUGCAGUUCAGAGAAGAGUGAGGCAGGAAUGCAAAUAUAAUAGUCAUAGCCUUUUCUAUUGAUUGUGUAAAAAUUCCAACUGGGUUUAACGAACCAAGACACAUUAAUUCACAUGCAGACUCACAAAAUUAUCAGUACUGCAUGCAAUACUGCAGUAGUAAUACGAAAGAGAGUUCAAUACAUUGAUACAAUAACAUUUGCUGAAAAUCUCCUCUAAAGAAUGUUGGAUACUGUGAUUAAUAGGGGGGUGACUUGUUCCCUCCGGUGUGACAAUCACAUUAAUCAUAUUAAAAUAUAUUAGUAGGUGGAAAUGUUUAUUUAUAUUAAAAGAACACUCCAGGCACCAAAACAGCCUCAUCUAAAUGAAGCCCCCGGGUGCAUUCUUACCUUUCAUGGGUUAAACUGUUCUCGAACGGUUUAACCCUGAAUUUGCCUCCAGCGCUGAUCUCAGCUCCCACCUAGACUAGGGGUAGAUUAACUAUCCGUUCCACCGAUUUUAUUAGAGCUGAUAUUGAGCAUUUUACCGAUAAUCAGUAUCUGCCUUGUAAUUUACUAAUAUUACAAAUAACUUACCUCAUGCCGUCAUCCACAUCUAGAAACUAUCUACCAGCCAGCGAGGUACCAUGUUGCAACCUCACAUCACCCCUCCCUGUGAGUUCCCACAUACACUCAGUGUCUACCUGAGAGUGAUAGUGUGUUUGCUGUCAGCAUGUAGAGUUAAAGGGACGCAAUAGGUAGCCAGACCACUUCAACUCAUUGAAGGGGUCUGGGUGCACUGUCCCAGCACCCUUAAACGGGCACUAUAGUGCCAGGAGAACAAACAUGUUUUCCUGGCACUGUAGGGUUAUUAGGUCCCCUCCUCUCCUGCUGGGCUGAAGCGGAUAAAACCCCUUUAACCACUUGCCUUAAUCCAGCGCCGGGCUCCCUCGGCGCCCGUGACCUCUCUUCCUCCUGCCGAUGUCGGCUCUGAAUGCGCAUGCGCGGCCAGAGCCACAGUGCCCUGUUUUGUUAAAACAUUUAAGCUGUUUGACACAAAUCUGUUUUAUUUGUGUAUGGACCAUGCUUCUGAAGUUUCACUGCUCAAUUCACUGCCAUUUAGGAGUUAAAUCACAUUUGUUUAUGUAGCCCUAGCCACACCUCCCUGGCUGUGACUGACACGGCCUGCAUAAAAACAAAAUGGUUUCAUUUUCAAUCAGAUGUCACUUUAAAAAAAUUUUAUCUCUGUAAAUUGAACUUUAAUCCCUAACAGGAGGCUCCUGCAAGGUCUAGCAAGCUAUUAACAGAGCAGGAGAUAAGACAGUCUAAAGUAAACUAUUUCCAAUAAAGGAAAUUUUCAACCUUGGAUGACUCUUUACAGGAAGUUUUUAGGAAGACUGUGUAAGUCACGUGCAAGGAGAUGUACCUAGGGCUGCAUAAACAAAGGCAUUUUACUCCUAAAUGGCAGAGAAUUGAGCAGUGAGACUGCAGGGACAUGAUCUAUACACCAAAUAUACUUCAUUAAGCUAAAUUUGUUUAGAUGACUGCAGUGUCCCUUUUAAGAUUAAUGCUUAUGCACCAAUAGUAACACCAAGCUUAAGAUUGCCGUUCUUUCUCCUGUAGAACAGUGGCUACUUAGAUAGACCAUCUCAUAUAGGCUGUGGUUCAAAUGUAAGUCUGUAUUGUGAUUAUGCAUAUGUGGAAUUCUUAAUCCUACAGUGUUUGUGCAUUAAAGGGCUCCCCAGAAGUAUAUGGAAAUCACAUGCACCCAGUGUUAAUCACGUCUUUUGGAAUACCCUCCUUGUAGAUCUCAUAUGCAUCACGUAAAUUUAGGCAAAAUUACCAUAGAAUGUUUGUUUGAAAAUGCCACAAAGCCUUUUUUCUGCCCUGUCCAGGUAACCACCGUUCCUUCAACUUUGAACUUGUAAACUAUGCUUCCAACGGUAUCUCUAUGAAUAUUCAGUGCCUCCGUUAUCUUUUUGUAUCCUGUUCUUUGUUUGUGAAGGAAAUUGUUUUUUCUUAACUUUGUGGGCCAUUCUUUUGACUGAGCCAUAUUUCUAACAUUCAGUCAAACGUGACCCUCAACAAACUUCUAGUCAGGUAUUUUAAGUGUUCCAGCUUAAGCACAUGAGGUGAAAACAAUCAAAGGCGUCAUUAGGUGCAUCAGGUGUGCUUGGCACAACACCCGUUUUGAUUAUUUGUGCUGUUGUCAUGGAUUCUCUUUAGGGGGCAGAAUAGUUGUGAGAAGUCAUUAUAAGAGGCAUUUUCAAUUGGAUUUGGGGAAACCACUUGAAGCAUUUUUUUUGUGUGGUAUUAAACUAGUUCAAUUGCUUUUGUUUGAUUUUGUUAAUUGCAAACAGCUGAAAGUCAGAAUUUUGACAAUCCUGAUUUUCAAUGGUGGUUGAAUAAUUUUGAUUGUGUGUAUAUGUUUCAGUGUUCUGAGUGCUUAUCACUUUGCCACCUCACCCUUUUUAUGCAAAAGGUUACAACUGUUUAAUUGUUCCAGACUUUUGCCAUCUUCUAAGCAGUUCUUCUCUUUUCAGACAUCGAGCUGCAAGAAGCACUCAUAAUGUACUCUGAGUGGAGGACUCUGCACCUCGUCAUAAAAAAUGACCAGGGUAACACCAGUGUGCUUCACUGCUAUCCUGAGAACGUGGGCCGAGAAGUUGCAAAUUCAGUGGUUCGACCACUGGGACAAGUACUUAAUACUCCCUCGAGCAUCGGGAAUGAAAGCAUUUUAAAAAACGACAAGGAGGUAAGCUCCUCAGCUGCAGCUUCUUUUGUUAGUUAAAAAUAUGAUCUGGGAAAAGGACUCCUCCCAUUAAUUCUGUGUUUGGAUAUUGUUCUAUUAAUAUCUAUGAAUAUGUAGAAGAGGUUUUUCCUGUUAUAUAUGUAAGUCCAGAUUUUCUUCUUUAAAAAAGAUUGUUUUUAUGUAUAAACAGGAAAUAAUGGUCCAGUUGUUGCUUAUGUCAUUGAGACAGAAUUCAACUGCAUUGGAAUGCUCAUAAUUCUGAUUUAUAUGAGAUUAGAAGUCAACGAAAUUGAGAGUGAUCCUAUCUUUUGUGCUCUGUUAAAGUAAACCAUGUCAUGACAGGUUUACGUAUAUAGCCCCCCUUCCCAUAAACAUUGAAUAUUUAGUUUUACCUAUUGCCUUCUCUCCUGUACCAUGAUCAUAUUGUCAAUUUGUGGGUGUAACACAAGUCCCAGCUUCUGUCUUUCCUUUGCUUCUGCAAGCAGGGCUAUUCUACCGGGUAACACAUUGCCAGCAGACCAGUGUCAGAAUGGAGACUCAGUUGUCCGAGUAAUAUCACAGCAGCUACAGAGCUUGCACUCUAGUUGCUCUACAGAAGAGCAGGAGAAUAGCCCGUAGAAGGGUUCUCAUUCUCCUGUCACUUACGUGUUAGUGCAGAGGUGUAGACCUCUAUGCCAGCAAGUGAUUGACAGGUGGGGAAGGGACCAUAUUUUUAAAGUGGCCCUGUCAACUAUGUCCCCACCCCCUCCAAAAUUUGUAUUUUAUAAAAAUAAAUAAUAUACAUUUUUUAAAUCAAUAUAUAUUGACAUAAAUGUCUCUGCUUGACAGAAAGGCAGCAUCAAGCCUUGUCGAAGCUUGUCAAGUGACUAGUGACGGUUGAGGGGUAAAGGCUCUGUCUAUGGUGGAUCUUGCCGGUGCAUGUCCCUUUAACAGAUAACUCUAAUUUCCUAUGUUCAGGUAGAGGUAAUAUGUGCAAUAGCAUUUUACUUGGCCAAUACAGAUUUAUUUUUUAUUUAUUUUUCAUAUUUUAGAGUUGCAGUUCUUGAAAGAAUGAAUGUCAUUCGCAACUUGAUACAAUCCAUAUAGAUCUAAUUACUGGUCUUUUGUGAAAAAGCAUAGCCAUAUUUUGUUUCUUUAUGUGACUUGGUUUUAUUUUUUCGUGGAAUAGUCCCCAGAGAACCUGACGCACCUAUACAUGAGGGGUAUCACUAUACUCAGGAGAUGUUUCGGAACACAUAUUGGGGUGUUCUUUGGCAGUAACCCUUAAAGGAUCACUAAAGUGUCAGGAAGGGGCUGACGGGGUUAAAACUCCUUCAGCAGCUUACCUUAAUCCAGCGCCGGGUUCCCUCGGCGCUGGUGAAGUGUCCUCCCCCGCCGAUGUCAGCUCCCGAGUGGAGCGGAAUGCGCAUGCGCGGCAAGGGCCACGCGCACAUUUAAACAGUCCAAAGGAAACCAAUGCUCAAUGCUUUCCUAUGGACGUUCUGCACGCUGAAUGCGAAUUUCGCAUCCAGCAUCGCAGAUGCGCCUCUAGCGGCUGUCAGGAAGACAGCCACUAGAGGCUGGAUUAACCCUGCAAUGUAAACUGCUAUGUUUAAAUCUGAAGGGUUAAAACCUGAGGGACCUGGCACCCAGACCACGUCAUUGAGUCUGGGUGACUAUAGUGUCCCUUUAAAGUUCUCCGUAUACGUAUUCUUAAAUUGCUAUGUGUGACAAUUUUUAUUUUUAUUUUUUUAUUUAAUUUUUUUUUUAUUUAAUUUUUUUUUUGGCAUAGAUUGGUGGUAAAAUGGUUGCAUGAAAAGUGUAAAAAUAUCCCACGUUGAAUACCUUAGGUUGUCUUCUUUUAAAAAAAUAAAGUUGUGUGUGUGUGUGUGUGUAUGUAUGUAUAUAUGUAUAAACUAACAUACAUACAUACAUACAUACAUGUAAAGGGUUUUUCAGGGAUUACUGACAGAUAUCAGUGUUACAAUGAAACUUGCGGUCAUUUUGAAAAAAUAAUGGUUUGGAAAUGGCAAAUUUCUACUUGUACUUAUAGCCCUAUAUAACUUUCCCAAAAAAGCUAAGAACAUGUUAACAUUGGGCAUUUCUAAACUCAGGAAAAAAAAUUGAAAAUAUUUAGCAUAUAUUUAGCAUGGGUAUUUUUUGGCGGUUGUAGAUGCGUAACAGAUUUUGGGGGUCAACGUUAGAAAAGGUGGUGUUCUUUUUUUUUUUCCAUCAUAUUAAAUGUUUUUACAAUAAAUUAUGAUAUAAUGAUCUCUUUAGAAAGACUAUUUAAUGGCGAGAAAAAUGGUAUAUAAUAUGUGUGGGUACAGUAAAUGAGUGAAAAUUACAGCUAAACACAAACACCGCAGAAAUGUAAAAAGAGCCCUGGUCCUUCACGGUAAGAAAUUUGAAAAACAGUCUGGUCACUAAGGGGUUAAAUAAUGCAUUACACUUUAACUAAACCCAUUAGAUUUUAUACAGUAGAUUUAGUUGGCUAAAACAAUUUGACUUAAGCUGAAUGGCAUUUAAGUCAAAAGACUAAAGCAAAAUCAAAAUUUGCUGUCAAAAUUUAACCCUAUGACACCGUAAACUGGAAAAACCUGAAUAGCAUCACAUUAAUAAAGUAAUUUCAACAGAAGUUUUGGAACUAGGACUUUCAUGCAACUGCCAUGGUUUGACUUCUUUCCUCGUGUAUGAUGGCUGCUGCUCCUUGCCUGCACUACCUCAGCCAGAGAGCUGGACUUUCUCUGACUCUCUCAGCUGAUGAGUUAACCAUCAAGAGAGCUAAUGGAAGUAGCUUUGGGCUCUCCAGGCUGAGAGUGGGAUCAGCACCUGGCAUACCCUACAUAAGUCUAAACGUUCUAAAACAGUUUGAAUACUGGCAUUGGAAGUGAAGCGGCCAGGGAGCUAUAGUGGCGAUGGAGCUUGCGGUGUUCAUUUAGAAGCACAUGUGAAAUGUACCAAGCUGUGACAUCUCUCCCAUUUACUCAUCAAUUAAAGAGAGUGUGAGCAUGAGCUUGUAGUGUAUGUUUGUUAUAUUACAGAUAAUACCUGAAUUGAAAACACUUUGUUUUUCAUAUGCAAUUUCUAGUAAUUGUUUGUGUCAAACCUACUAGGUAAAAUGGACCAUGGAGGUGAUAUGUUAUGGGCUCACAUUGCCACUGGAAGGGGAUACUGUAAAGUUUUGUGUCGAUGUUUACACUGAUUGGAUGCUGGCCCUCGUGUCUCCAAAGGAUUCCAUUCCGCAGCCAGUUGUCAGAGAGCCCAACAUGUAUGUCCAAAUCAUUCUCAAACAUCUACAGAAUGUCUUUGUUCCAAGGUAAGAAAUUGCAUUUGUAGCUGACAGAUGAAACCUAUAUUUUAAUUUUAUCAUCACUCGUUCAGUAUGCUCUAGCAGUGUACAUAUCGGUUUUAUUUGCAUUAAAAGAAAGUAUGAGCAGCUAGCAGAUAUAUCAUGGUAGAACUGUGGGAAUUCCUGAUGAUCCUACAUUUUAUUUUUCUCUCCACUUCAUAAUAUUGAAAUCAUUUUAUAUUUUGUAAACCAAUGUAAGUAGGAGAUAUUGAGAGGGGGGUGGGUGGAUAGUAAAAAUAAAACCAGCAAAAAGCCCAUUAAUCCUCUUUGACCAUUCUCAUCAAGAAUAUAUAUAUUGGGGUUUUUUUUUUUUUUUAGAUCCUGGAUGAGAAUGCUCAAAAAGGGUUUGAGGUUUUUGUCUUUUUGCGUUUUUUUUCACUUAACCUCCCCUCCCCCUGCCCCCAAAAAAGUUCCUAGUGCUACAACCAGCUCCUUGUAUGUCACAGCUCCAGGAGAGUGAAAAUGUAUUCUCCUACGUAAUUGGCAGUCAGUUGAGUAGAAAAUCAGAAGCACUAUAUAAAAAAAAAAAAAAAUUCAACAAAAAUGUUUAAAAUAGGAUCUUGUCUGUGUAUACUGAAGAUAAAGCUGUGAGUUCAGUGGCUCCUGUCUGACUUGCAGUGAAGGAGUCAAGUGUAUACGUCUUACAUUAACACUGCUAAUGUAAACCAUGCAGCUUGCUCGCUGAAUACUGACUUCUUUCAAAAAUGGUUCUUUCUUCACCUUUUAAGUACAAUAAUUCUAGAAAACCUUAUAUAAUACUCGAGGAAUAAGCUAUAUUAUUGUAUAUCUGUCUAUAUAUCUAUUGCUGUAUCCUAUAUAACUUUUGGGCAUUGGAGUUACUAAAUAACCUCAAUUUAUUUAACCCAUUAAGGACACAUGACAUGUGUGACAUGUCAUGAUUCCCUUUUAUUCCAGAAGUUUGGUCCUUAAGGGGUUAAAUAUGCAUAGGGAUUUGGGCUAGUGCGCAGGUAACCUUUUUUUUUUUUUAAUGUAUGUAUUGCGGCUGAUGUGUGCUAUGGUCGUUGCUGCCGCCCAGGAGUUUGAGCACAGGACUUAUUUUUGUGUAUUUUAUAUAACAUUUUGCUGCACUUUCUCAAAGCAUUCACAAUUACCACAUCCAUAGGUACUACACUAAUCGUUUGUAAAUUAUAAAUACAAUUUAUAGCCAGGCUGAAAUUAUCCUUCUCACCAGGUAAGUGGCAGCACUGUCACUUUAAAGGUCAUAUCAUUGCUUUAUGCGUGGAUGAGCAGACAUUUUCUCCUUGUGCAUGUAAUUAUGACUCUGCAAAUACACUACAUGUUUAAAAAGUGUGAGAAUAUUUCUCAGAUAUGUAAAUUUUUGGUACUUUCACAUAUAUACAAACAUCAAAUCAACCUGAGACGAUUGUGGAAUGCCUUUCAUAUGGCAUCAGGAAAAGCAUUCAUUUACUUAAAGUAGAUACAAGACACAUGUGUAAGCAGUCCAGCAUUGUCAGCUAAAGGAAGAUCCCAAGCAGCAUAACUGAUGAUUUAACACAGUACACUGCGCAUUUACUUAGAACAGCAGAUCUAAACCUGCUCCUUCAGUGCCUAACUUCAGAAGAAGAUGCUAUACUUUAUCAUCUGCCUGUCCAAAUAUUUGUAUGCUGUAUCACCUCUAUACAGGUCAUGUAGACUCCUUCAGAGCUUACUUCAGAGCCUACUGUAAAGGAGUCUGAUCUGCAGUCCCAUCUGACUGCACAAAAAAUGUGAAUGUAGCUGUCCGGAAAACUGAUAGUUGCUUCUACAUCUGCCAUCCAUUUAUAUGUCCAUUCCAUUCAUCCCAUAUGAUAAACAGAAUAUCAACUAAAUGCUUAACUACGUAUCCCUUAGACUUCUUCUGGUUGGGAAUCUUAUAAUCCACACUAGAGAGAAAGGGCGGCGGUGGGAGGGGGAGACCACACACAGUUUUGGGGGGGGGGUUUCCCCCCAAUGACAGCAUUAUAUUCUUCUCUACUUUAUCCUAUACCCUAAAGAGAUGCACUAAUGUUCUUACUUUCUUCUUCUCUUUUAGUACUCCUCACAAGGAGCUUUAUUUUCCUCUCUCCCUUUUCAAAACAUGCUAUGUUACAUUGAUACGUUGUGCUUGAUUUGACCAUGUACAACCAAAACAGUCCAAAAUACUGUAUUGUGGUGUAAAACUCGCAAAAUAUAUGUAUAUUUGAGUGAUUGGAUAAAAUAAAGAAUAUUAUAUAUUUUUUUUUAUUAAAGUUCACUAGAACACUCCUUGCUUGCUAAAGCAUAUAUAUUGGCUAAAAAAUAAUAAUAAAAAUAGUCCUUAAAGGAUCACUAUAGGGUCAGGAACACAAACAUGUAUUCCUGACUCUAUAGUGUUAAAACCCCCAUCUAGCCCCCCUGGGCUCCUCAUGCCUCCAUAAAUAUAGCAAAAUCUUACUGUAUUCAAGCCUGAAGCUGUAGAUCUGCAGAAGUGGUGGCCUGAUCCAAUCACAAUGCUUCCCCAUAGGAUUGGCUGAGACUGACAAGGAGGCAGAUCAGGGGCAGAGCCAGCAGGAUUCAAACACAGCCAUGGCCAAUCAGCAUCUCCUCAUAGAGAUGAAUUGAAUCAAUUAAUCUCUAUGAGGAAAGUUCAGUGUCUGCAUGUAGAUGGAGGAGACACCGAAUGUUUGGAUGCAUUUUAGGCAGCAAUGACCCAGGAAGGAUCUCGAACAGCCAUCUGAGGAGUGGGCAGUGAUGUUAUCACUAGGCUGUAAUGUAAACACUGCAUUUUCUCUGAAAAGACAGUGUUUACAGCAAAAAGCCUGAAGGUAAUGAUUCUACUCACCAGAACAAUUUCAAUAAGCUGUAGUUGUUCUGGUGACUAUAGUGUACCUUUAAGGUUCAGUCAUUCGUACAUUUUUGUUACAACUUUUAAGCUAAAAAAGUUGGAAAACUCAAAUUUUUUAGUGUUUUCUGUUAAAGGAUUUCUUGAGGUGACAAUUGAAAUUGCAUGUCUUCUUCCCCUACAUGUUAAUGAUUACAUCCUUGAGUUUGUUUGUUUUAGUUUUUUUGCCAAAAAAAGCAACCUAUUGCAACUUGUUUAAACUAUGUUUAUAAUUUAAUAAGACAACCUCUUUAGGCAGAUAAUUCCACAUCUUUAUUGUUCUUACUGUAAAGAUCAUUUAACCACCUCCACUAAUGUAGGUAAAAUUCCCUUUCUUAAAGUCUAAAUGGCUGUAAUUGUCAGAACCAUUUAUACAUGAAUAGAAGCUUUUUUUUUUUUUUCAGGAAGUUGGUAACAUACGCACAUCCACUCAGAAUUAGAAUAGCGGUGUUUUAUUGUUUGAAUACUUGGUUGUUCCUUUCUUGUUUAACAUUGCUGAUACUAUUUUUGUUUGCAAAUAUUAUGCAGAUCGUAUGGUUAAUGUGUAGUUUAAAAAAAAAUGUAUGUUUAAACUCCUCUUUUACUUCUCUUAUAGGCAGGACUCGGCAGGGAGUCAAAGUAGACUUUGCCUGCAAGUUCUACGAUCUGUCCAGAAGCUGGCUAGGGAUUCAGCAAGCAUGACCCGUGAGACCUGGGAGGUUCUGCUCCUGUUUCUUUUGCAAAUAAAUGACACCCUUCUUGCUGCUCCCACGGUGACAGGUUUGCUAAGUUCAAACUAUCAUGGUUGUUUACUAAAGGGUAAAUCAUUGGGAAAUUUUAUAGGAAGACCAUAACCACUACAACCCACUGUAGUGCUUGUGGUGCCAGGACUGCCCUGGCUCCCUCCCACCGUGUGAAGCCAAACCAAUUUACCGUGGGGGUGAGUCACAUCCUUCUGUGCGGCCUGGAAGCUCCUGCACUGGUUUUGAGUGCUCCUCUCUUAAUGUUUGUGGUGGUGAAGUUUUAUGUGGCAAUGACAUUGGAUAGAGUAUUUCUGUAUUUGUGAUUCUGCUGGGUUUUAUAUAUAUAUUCUCCUAACCACUUGAAUAUCCCUAAUGCUGAAAAUGCAUUGCCUUACUGCAAAGGCAUAUAAUUGUAUAAUUUAGAAUCACAUCUUGUUCUUUUCCCUCUACCAUUUAGUACUCUCUUUAACUCCUUCAGGACUAAGGCAUGUCACUGCUGUCAUGAUAAAAAUGGAUUUGGCUAGCCCUGUUCUCAAAGGAGUUAAACCAUGAGUUCCUGUUUACACUUAGAAUAGACCUGUCCACACUUAAUCCGCAGACUACAUUGCAUUCUUUAAAAAGCAUUUAUUUUGUAGCACGUUUUUAAAGUGCUAUUUUUAAUUCCCAUGAUCCUCCAGUUUCAGGACAUGACUUAUUGUUCUAGCAUUUCCUUUUGUGAAGUAGAAUUCCACCAUUUGUUGAUUUCCUCUGCAGCCAAGGUGACCACAAUGUUAACUUGUUCCAUUUUGCCCCUUGUGGGUUUUGCUUUGGUUUGUGAAGAGACCGCAGGGUAGACAAUGUCUACAAUUUUAACCCCUUAAGGACACGUGACAUGUGUGACAUGUCAUGAUUCCCUUUAACCCCUUAAGGACCAAACUUCUGGAAUAAAAGUGAGAUUUUAUAUUGAAUUGUACUACUUAUUUUUAUAGUGUUCUAUUUUAAGCAAAUGCAUUUCUUUAGAACUAAAAAAUAAAACGUUUCAUUUCUUUCUGCCAAGAUACACAGGCUUUGGUGUGUGUGUGUUUUUUUUAGUUCCUCCCCAGCUCAGAGUGUGUGCAUGCACUAUAAACCAGGGAAAACUGUCCAAUCAAAUGCUUGAUCAUUUAACUAUGUUGUUUUUUUGUUUGUUUUUUGGGGGUGAAGAGGUUGUGUGCUUGCUUUUUUUUUUUUUUUUUUUUUUUAAUCAAAUAAGGUGGUGGGGGUUGGUUAAUAAUGGCUAAAAAUAGAUUAUGGAGAAUGGAGAGUAACCCUAUAUGUUUAAAACAAUAAUGAAGGGGGGAGAGAGAAUCCAGACUCUUGGUCACUGUGCCUAGAGGGUUAUCAACUACACCUUGCUGACUAGUCCCAAAGAAGUCUGAAAUGAUCAUCCAGGGUUGCUGUAUCACUUAUGCAGAAGGAACUUGCCAGCAUUUCGGAUCUAGACUACCUUGAUAGCUGAGAUCAGUCUAAUUUGCAAAUGGUAUAGGUUAUCUUUGUUAGGACUCAACUGAGCAAAAACGUGUUUGAGAUCUGAGUGUGGACUAACCGAAGGACAAGCUAUAGAGGUUUCUCUGUAACAAAAACGGAGAAUAUGAGAACGGACAAAAGAUUUACUUUACAGGAGUGGUAUAAAGUAUCUAUGGGGAACUUACUCGGUGAAACAACAUUGAACAGUUAUCCAGCCCAGAGAUGUUUGAGAUUCCGGCUUUCUUUUUCUCUGCUUCUUCAUCUUUGUAAAGCCGGUACAUUUACAUGUGCCCUUAAUGGCAACAUAUAUGUCAGGUUUAGAAUCUUUCCUGUUUAAUUGAUGGCUUUUUUCAGAUUUAUUAGUUUGGUAAGCUAUGGGUAGAUUCUUUUUUUUUUUUAUAUAUAUAUAUAUAUAUAUAUAUAUAUAUAUAUAUAUAUAUAUAUAUAUAUAUAUUCUUACAAUGUAUGAUAGGUUACAUUACAGAAGAAGGGGAGCAGUUACCUUGAAGAGUUUACACUAUGAAAAGCUAUUCUAGUUAAAAAUACCAGUCAAAGCAGAUGUUACAUUUUUUUUAUUUUUUACUUGUUGGUAACACUUAGGAUUUUGUUUCCUUCAGGUGGCAUUGCAGAGAACCUGGCUGAUAAGCUGAUUGGUGUGCUCUUUGAGGUCUGGUUUUUGGCCUGCACACGCUGCUUUCCCACUCCACCCUACUGGAAGACAGCCAAAGAAAUGGUGGCCAACUGGAGACACCAUCCUGCUGUGGUAGAGCAGUGGAAUAAAGCCAUAUGUGCUCUUACUUCUAGGUAAGGAACAUGCUGGUUUUCAAGGGAGAAGGCAAGAGAUUUGUUUUUAUAAAUAAGCUUAAAGCGUGUGUGUAUAUAUGUGAAUGCAAUAUCGUUUAAUUCUGUAGAUUUUUAUAUCUUUUUUCUCUCCUGAACAAGAAAGUUAUAUAGGUUAAUUUUAAAUGUAAAACAAUAAAUUUGAGAACAGAAACCAAAGCAAUAUUGCAAAACAAUUGAGAUUGAAAGAAGACAGAGUAAAGUUGUAGUGUGUCAGCUAUUGUUUGUGUGUAUGUAUGAUAAUAAAGGAGACAGGGGCAUACGUAGAGCAUUUGGCACCCAGGGCGGAUUCUAAUUUGGUACUCCCCAAAAAAUGUAAAGAAAAGGGGUGGCGGGGCUUGACUAGCAUGAGCUCCUGGAGAUUUCUUAUCUCUUAAACUGAUUCUUGCUACGCCAACCUGACACCAGAAGACCCUGCUGUGACACUGCAACCCCAGGGCUACCAAUCUGGCUGUUGGCACCUCGUCAACUGGUCAGCAUCUCACUGGAGCAAGCCUGAGGCCUAUUUGCGGCCUACCAAGCGAAACAGGAGUGAGGGAGGCGGCCGAUCCCUCUACCCACAAACUACCUGGUGAGAGGGAUAACCCGGCUCCCUACGCUGCAUUUCUACCCCCUGGGACUGACCUGUGCACACAGUACACCAGCCGCGACUCUAGGUCGGCACCUCACAUGGAGACAGAGCACGACUCUGAGGGGCCUAAUGACUGCUUUCGAUCACAUCUGCGCAGCUUUUUGAGAGCGGAUAAGACUCCGUGCAGAAGCCGCGGCAUCCCCCACCUCGCAGACCGCACGAACCGUGAAAUCUAACACGUCCACUCCUAAGCACCACAUGCCGUAGGGGAUGAAUGGACCCCCGUAAACAGAAGCAACACUUCUUUCGGGGAUGAAAAUCGUGGGAGAUGGGGGCUACGACGCACAUGACACCUUCACACCCUACAGAGGAGACAGAAGAGGCGCCUGCGUAACUUUAAGCAGCAGUGCCGCCCCUCACACGGGCACAGUGCCCUGACCUUCCAGGUAAAUGCCUCAAGGCUCAACCGCCUUUCUACAGUAGCUAACAGGAACACACUUUGUUUACCCAGCCGGAGCACUCUGAUGCGAUCCCUUUCUUGUCUAAAUGGAAUACCUGCAUGCCUCCUGCACCCACAGGCCUGCCGACUUCCACCCUGGCUUGAAAACCUGGUCGGCGUGUUGCAGGUCUGGCCUACGACUCCUGAAGGCAUAGGCUGACCAAGGAGGCACUACAGGACUCUAUGGGACUCGUGGCCUAUGACUGGCUACCUCUCACAUGGCCGUACUAGCAGAAAGCAACACAGCUAUACACCUGCAUGAGACUAAAAUUACAGUGUGACUAUUGUGCAUCUUUUUUAUUUCUUCUGUUUUCUGUUUGCAUUUCUGUUUUAGUUAGUGCACACUCCCAACAUACAGCCCUGCUGACCAUAUUUAUACUCUCACUCCCAGUUGGAUGUAGCAGAUAGUCUCUAGACAUUUCAAACCUUGUCUUUUCACAACUCGUUAAGUAGGAAAUGUCCCAUUCAAGCUUGUUUAUAUAAAAUCCUUACGUCAAAUGUCAGUAUGAUUAAUCUGACUCAGUCCCACAAAACCUUGUCUCAGAGCUGACAUAAGAGCUAACCUUGUGACUAUUCUCCGCUAUAAUAUAAAAUGUGCAAUGUUAUUUUUGUGCCAAAUAAUUGUUUUUCUAUGUUGGCUGGCUGGCUGGCAAUCGCUGUUGUGGCAUUGCAUGCUUCCUUGUUUAUCCCAUGCACCACAAAAUAAAGAAUUAUUAUUAUUUUAAUGUAAAAAAACAAACACUAACUAUUUUUAAUGUAUUUAGCACUGAGCAGUGCUUGUGUGUUUGAAUGUAAGCAUGUUUUUUUUUUUUUUUAUGGCGUAUGUAAGUUGCGUGUUUGUAUGUAGUGUUGGCACUACAUACAAAAUGCAGGCGUGCAUCUGUGGUUUUUGUUUUUUUAUAAAUACAGGGGUGUAUUUAUAUAUAAUGGUGGUAGUCUAAUACUUAUCUGUGUUUGUAGUGUUGAGGUUUGAAUACAGAGGUGUAUUUGUAUGAAGUGUUGGCAAGAUGCUGAGAUGUGUGUGUGUGUGUAUAGAUCUAUAGACAUACAGAUGCACACAGAUAUAUACUCACAUAUGCAUAUACACCGAUACAUAGGUACACACAUGCAGAUUCACAGUCGUACAUACAGAUACAAAUACAGACUUACAGAUGCAAACACACACAGAUAUAUAUGCAGAUAGACAGGUACACAGUAUCUGUGUUUUUUAUAGUGGAUGCACUGUGUGUAGUAAAUGUGGUGAGUUUUUGUGUAGCUGAUGCAGCGCGUUUGUCUAGUGUAUAUAGUGUGCGUGUUUGUGUAGCCGAUGCAGUGUGUUUGUAUAGUGCAUGUAGUGUCUGUUGUGUGGGAUAAGUACUGGAAAAAGCCGAUUUUUAAUUAGUUGGGCUUAUUCUCCCCCUACACUUCACAGGCAAGAGGCAGGGAGGGGGGAAUAAGCCCAACUAAUUAAAAAAAAAACUGCACUCCCUCCCCCCUGUAGUUAUCCCACACAACAAACACACACAGUACAUGCACUACACAAACAGACACUGAAUACAAAACAUUUUGCAGCCCAUGUGUCUUCUAGCAUGAUAAAGAGGGGGCCUUAGUACGCCACUGAAAGGAGGACAUUAGAAAAAUAGUGCUUUCAGGUUUAGAAGAACAUUCUGGAGAUUAUCCUAUGCAAAGUAUCUGUCAAGCUGAGGUCAUAGUGCAUCUGAUGUGGUGCAUAGUCAGAAUGGGUAAAUGGUAAAUAUCAGUUAAGAUUAUAGACUACUUAAGAAGAGGGAUCUGGUCCAACAAAACUCUGUCAGAAUGUUGGAAAGCUAAACCUUGCAAGCAAAUAAAUUAAGUAUCAUGUCCUGUGUCAAGUCAGGGCAUCCCCAAACGGAGUCUUGAAUCGCCCAGGUUUGAUGAACGAUCACCUCCAAUUACAUAAUUUGUGGCGUUCCUACUUAACAUUAGCACUGUUUUUGGAGUUAGUUGGGGUAUUACGGUGGGAGCAAGGUUUUAAUGCAUUGGGUAGGGUGCAGGUUUAAUCCUUCACGUUUUUGGUUAGUGCUGCGGGUGUAGGGUUAAUACAGUAGAUGUGAUUUCUGCGGUUUCUAUAAUAUAAUAUGUUAGGGUUUAGGGUUGUAGCCUUAGGACACAAUUUGGGUGAAUUUUGUACGUCUAUAUAUAAGGGAGGGAGCAUGUGGUUUAUCCUUGGACUGAAGACCCCAGGGCUUUAUUUCUAACUAGCAACACCCCUGGCGUCAAAUAAGGAACAUAAAGAAGACUUGUUCACUAUGUCUACAAUUUCAAAUGAUUGUCUUUCAAAACUUGGGGUAUCGCCACUUUUAUUUAUUUUUGUGGUGAAGCAAAUAUUUUUUUUUUUUUUUCUUGGCAGUCAUGUUUCCUUUCUAUCCUGUGUGACUUGAAUUUUCAUGGCUUCUGUGCAGGUUGCUGCGGUUCACCUACGGACCAUCAUUUCCUCCUUUUAAGAUUCCUGAAGAAGAUGCCAGCCUCAUCCCAGCUGAAAUGGAUAAUGAAUGUGUGACACAGACAUGGUUCCGAUUCCUUCACAUGCUAAGGUUUGAAAAUCAAUGCAGAACUGUAAUUACAAUUUAAAGCAAAGUGAGAAUUUAAUUUGCUAUAACUAGCCAACAUCAAUUGUUUCCCCUCCCUUCUGUGGAAUGCUAAGCAUCUAAAUCAACCUCUAUCUAUGUGGUUUUGAAGUACUAGUUUGAUUAGCAGGGAGCUCUAAAAAGGAGCACGUAGAUUCCACUAUUGGCAUUUCCCCAGUAAUUGCAUUAAGGGUUCAGUGAACAAGGCUACAUGACCGUUUGCUUUCAGCCAGGAAUAUUGUCUUUCUAAACUAAAUGCAGUGUUUUGUCAGAGAAACUUAUAGCCCAUACCACUUUAUCUCAAUGAAAUGGUUUGACUACAGUGAUCCUUUUAUUUUAAUCCUGCAAUCCAGCCACUAGAGGCACUUUCUCCUCCAGAACAGAGUCAAACUUUGUCCUAGAAUCAAAUGCUGCUGAUGGCAAGAUUUGAUUGGGGGAGCACCCCAUUUGACCGCACGUGCCUAUUUCAUAUCCAUUGCUUCUCUAUGACAAGCAUUAGAUUGGAACAGACCACUGACCUAUUUGAAGGUGGAAACAAAGUAAUCAUUCUUUAAAUAUAUUUAUUUUUUAUUUCCAAAGGAAUAUAGACAGAAGGGAACCAAUAGUCCUGAAAAAACUAUUGGUAUUUUUGGGACUAUAGGUUCCCUUUAGCAUCUUUUGACAUGAAUGUAUGACAUUUGUCAUGAGACCUUAUUUUUUCUCAUUAUAUACAAAAACAUAUUCCUUAAAGCAGGCUUCCUCAAACUACGACCCUCCAGAUGUAGCUGAACUACUAAAGGGACUCUCUAGGCACCCAGCCCACUUAAGCUCAUUGAAGGGGUCUAGGUGCAGUGUUUCAGGUCCCUUAACCUUGCAAAAGGUAAUUAUUGCAGUUUAUAAUAAACUACAAUAAUUCCCUUUUGAGGGCUAACUCAUCUCUAGUGGCUGUCUGCCAUUGUAUAAUGCUUUCCUAUGAGGAAAGUCCUAAUGCAAGCACGACUCUCUCUGCACAUGCACAUUAGGUCUCCUCUGCCAGCUGACAACAACUAGGGAGGAGCGGAGGCAAAGGUAUCAGGUAAGUGACAGAAGUCAUUCUGUAACGCGUGGGGGGUUGAGCUGCGACGGAGGGGGCAAUAUUGGGAGCUAUAGUGCCAGGAAAACAAGUUUGUUUUCCUGGGACUAUAGUUUCCCUUGAAACUCUUACAGAAAUUAAAGGGUUCUCCUUUGUUGCUACAGUAAACCGUUUUACUGUCGGCCAUUGCUUUAACAAAAUGUGUGAUGUUGGCCCAGCCACAGAGACUCACAGAAAAUUAGAAUGGAGAGCCUGAUUUGAAACCCAACCCAGGGGUCUAGUGUAAAUCUGCUACUUAAACAUCUUGAAAUAAUGAAAAAAUAAGCCUUAAUUUUACUAGCGACAACAGUGGCACCGUAACUUAUUGAAAUGCUUCAGAUUUUUCUGCAUUAACUGAGCGCACAAUUUUGCAUUAAUGUUUAGUUCUGCAUGUAUAAUGUAGUUAGAGUAAUGAAAUUGGUACUAUAUUUUGCAAUUUACAGAUGCAUAUUAAAAAUGAACAUUUUCAUGCUGUUUCACGUGACUGAUCAAAGGUAUUGCAUUAUUUUUACAAUAAAAAUUUGAAGGAAUAGGGAUAUUUUGAUAUGGAUAAAGCAACUCGGCAAGCAAAGUGAAGCUGCAAGUCAGCUGAUAGUAGCUUGCUGAGUACUUUUAUUGGAGUGUGUAACAAACAAUGGACAUUCAGAGGGGUGUAUCUUCAUUUGUUAAUGCAAAAAAUAAAAAAAACCUAAGGAUGUUUCCAUUAUACUGUACUGGAGAGAGAACAUGUGACACAUACAGGGUUCUUCACUUAAGAAUUGUCAGGACUUCAAAGGGAAUUUUUCAAAUGCAAAGUCAAAAUAGCCGAACUGAAAACAGAAUUGACAUUGAAUUUUAAAUUCUUGAAAUGCACUUUAAAUUCCUGGCAGUUCACACUUUAGUGAAUGUUAGUGAGUUUGUGCAUUGAGAAGGAAUCUAUAAUUUUUUUUUUUUUAAAUUUUUUUUUUUUUAACAUUCUUUAUUUUUUUUUGAAGUGCAGUGCUACAUACACAAGUUAGCAGUGAUAUAUGGUGUGAAUAUGAACACUGAAGAUAGGUAUGUGAGUAGAACCUUUAAUGUCAAGAUAAGAUGCACUUAAAAAAAUAUAUAUAUAAAUAUAUACAUAUAAUAUCUAUCUCAAGGUAAGGCUCCCGCCUCCCCUUGGCCCCCUUAGAUAAGUAGAUAACGUACCUUUCCAGUGCAAGCAGGCGCUGGCUCUGCCCUCGAUCCGCCUACUUGACUGAGAUCAUCAGAAGUGAUUAACUCAAAGCUUUCCCAUAGGAAAGCAUUAGAAGGCUAUUGCGCAUGCACGGCAAAACCCUGCACCAAUCAGCAUAUCCUCAUAGAGAUUAUGCACAUAUAUAACUAAAAAUCAAAAGUAGCAUUACUUUGCAGAUGGCCUUAUCCUGCAGUUAUUGAACAGAGCGUAGAUCUAGUUUAAGUAAAAAUGCUUAGGACUCACAAGCGUUCUCAGUUCAUGGAGCAGACAUGGUCCCCUGCAGUUCAGUUUCUGCCAGAAAACUUGGAAUAUUGCAUCCAGGCGAUGUAGAGUAGGGGAUACCUCUCUGCUUUGUUCAAGGGUAGAUGUGGGGUCUGCCAUGUUGGUCGUAUUAUUGUCACAAUAGCCUAUGAUUGUGGCACUGCUAUUUUAUCCCUAGGAAAGCCAGGGAGGGGAUCGGGAUCAGCUUUGCUGGUCCUGUGGUGGGCGGGAGGGGGGGGUUAAAUGGGCACCAUCUCGAGUCUGUCGAUAUCUUGCCUGUGGCGCACUGGGAGAUCACCUCCUCUACCUUCCACAGCUCCUGCCAGGCCAUACAAGUGGCGACAAAGAAUUUCGGCUGGACAGCUGCCAAGGGCAGUCAGUCAAUUCGGGGAUCUAGGCUGAUGGUGCGUGCCCCAGAGUGAAGUCUAAGAGAGCAGUUUGCUAGGAAUUAAUCAUGUCCUGUUGCCUUUGCAGUCUGCCUCCGUCAGCCAGUUAUGAAUAUCUUAUUGUUUAUUUUGUGCUUGUCUUUCUUAUAGCUCACAAGGCAAGUUGUGCCUUACAUGACUAAUACUAUAUAAUAAUUAUGUUAUUAGGGUAAUGUAUAAAGAAUAUUAUCAGGAAACAUUAUUAAAGUGAAGCAAUUGCCGUGGAAACAAUUAAGAUUGUCCUGCUGAUUGCCCUGACUUGUUCUUUAUAUAUAAUCCCCAUGUGUUGUUUUAGUACCUUCACAGAGUUCUUAUGUUUUUUCUUUUCUUUGUAUCUGUCAUAGUAAUCCUGUGGAUCUAAGCAACCCAAGUAUUAUAGGCACAACACCCAAAUUUCAGGAGCAGUUUCUGAAUGUCAGUGGGAUGACUCAAGAACUGAACCAGUAUUCCUGUCUUAAACAACUGCCCCAUAUUUUCUUCCGAGCCAUGCGUGGGGUUAGCUGCUUAGUGGAUGCUUUCUUAGGUAAAGUACAAACAUUUUUUUUAUAAAACCAGUACCUGUUUAUUAACGCUCUCCUUGUUUCCCCCAUUUCUUAGCCUUUACUAUGUUCAUUCUCUUGUUAUAAUCCUCAUACAAAAAUAACUUGGACAUUUUAUGAAACACAGUACAUAUUUAAAAACAAACUUCUUUUUGCUAUGUUCAAAUUUCAAAGGAGUCAGUAUUUCACUUGUUGCAAUAUCAAGUGAUGCAGAUAAAAGUCCUGUAUGCUGACUGAAUCGUGUGUGUAUUUGUGGUUUUUGAAGUGUACGAUUUUAACAUCAUUUUAAGGGAAAAUCAAAACAUAUAUUGUGUUUAGAUAUAUAAUUUUAUUUUUUUUAAACAGGAAUUUUUAAAUUUAUACUACGGCUAUCACCCCGCGCAAAAAAUGAGCAUUUCAGAAAGAUAUUUUUUUAUGAAAUGCUCAUAAAGACUGUGUUGGAAUUUCUCUGACGUUCCAACCAAGUCAAAAUAUAUAAGUUAAAGUAGGGACUACUUUAUCUUUUUUUUUUUUUGUUUUUUGUUUUUUUACGUAUGAAAAAAAGGUGGAGCUACUGUUCUCAAGCCCUUCACCAUCACUUGAAGGUUCUUGCAAAAUCCUCCACAGACACCCGUGUUCUAUUCUAGCACAUUUACAAGAGUACAGUGGUAACGUUAGCUCCUGGCAGAUGGUGGAGGCCGUGAGAGACCGGUUCAUAUAAGUGAAAACUAACUUUCCCUGGACCACUGCACUGCAAGUGGAGCAGUCACAGUCUACGGUCUUGCAAAGAACCCAGAAAGUGAUAGAGCCGCUUUCAUGUUAGAGUGAAACUUAUAGCAAGGUUAUAAUUCUGUAUUCUGAUUAGGUGCAUCUAUUGAAAUUUUAUAUAAAAAGCAAACUAGCAGCAUACAGUGGACUUGGUGAGGUUUGGGUUUUUUUCUCCUCAAGGGUGUGCGCUCCCAAUCCCAGAGGUAAGCAUUUUGUAUGUGGGAUGUGUUAAUGCAGCAGCAUAUGGAAUAAACACCUGCAUUCAUACUUGAUAGCAGUAAAAAAAAAAAAAUAUAUCUUUCUUCUUCAGGAGUUGCGGUUUUUAAGAAAAUUGGGUUCCAAAGAUUACCUUACUAUGGUAUCCAAGCCUCCUUCCUAACAUGCACUUAGUUGGGUACAAAGAAUCAGGGAAAAUGUCUGUUAAUAACCACUGAUUCUGUUUAACCUUUGGGGUCACAAUUUACUAUUCCAAAAAUAUGCAGCAUUCUGUUUGCAGUCUUCAAAUCGGUUAGCUGUGCUGAUAAAUACAGCUAAUAACACUGCACAAUAUUUAAAUCAUGACGCUAGUAAACCUGGCAACCGGUAUCAUUGUGCACUGAUUGGUACACAGAGUUAUUGCAACAUGUCUGCUGUGUCUGGAAUUAAAGGGGAGUUUUAAAGUUUCACACAGAAUGGUAACAGAAAAAAAUAUGUAAAGGCGUUAAAGCAGCCUAUUCCACUGUAGCAUCUUUGCAUUUUGUUUGCAAAAUCCCUAUCACCCACACACACAGUAGAUGGGAAAAGUAGAUCAGUUCCUGACAGUUUGCAUCAUUAGUCACUGGUGUACUCACAUCAGUGUCAGAGUACAAAGCAAGGCUGAAAGAAACUGCAUAUAUCUUUGCGCACAGGCAAGAAAAUUAGCCUUCCAAGCACAUGCCAUUACGUGCCGUUAAGUUUUGUAAGACCAGAUACCUUUUUACACUGAUCGUUGCACAGUAAUAUGUACACCAGCUGAUCUAUAGUGGUGGUUUGCAAGGUGACUGGUGACCAAUGACAUCAUGAAUGAAGUCUUCAUUUUACCUUAAAUUUAUGGAGAAACUUGUUGAGGGUCCUUUCUAUUUCUUAUGAAUAUAAUAAGUUUUGCUCUGUAGGAAGUAAGUUGACAAAUAAAAGGCAAAUAUUUUAGGUUGCAGAAUAUAAAGUAUUUAGACUAGAGAUCCUUGGCUUUUUUUUUUUUUUUUUUUUUUUAUAAAAAAUAAUCUAAAAUAGUGCCACUUAACGGAUUUCGGUGUUGCUGUCAAAGCAUUUAAUGCCGGCUUUCGUCUAUUAUCUGAUCAGUUUCUCUAAAAUCAUCGUAGUAUUUCACUCUAAAUUUAUUAUUCUUACUAUAGGAUUCCCCCUUGAAUUACGUGAAAAUAAUGGUAUUACACAGAUCUAUGUGAAUUUGUCAUGUUCAAACAAUUUAGCACCCAGCUGCUAAUAUAGAACACACAAGGGGUUUUCAAAAAAAAAUUACCACCAUAUUACAUGACUGUUGAAAACAGAAUGCUGCUAUCAUGGUGUAGAGCUGAUUUGUUUAAAAUAACUAGCUGUGAAGCAUGUUUCUAUACAGAUUAUACCAAUGCAUUUUGCACCUCAAAGUAGGUUAUCUCUUGGGGGUGUUGGUGACGGGAAAUUUUUGUAAUCUGCACAGAUUUUUCUCGAAAUUAGUUUUCACUGUGAAUGGUCCAAUUUGUUAUAAGCAUUCCAUUUCGUGAUUUGACAUGUCAAAUUUAUUUCUGUUAAACUGAAUUAUACAAUCAUGAUAUGCACUCAGGGGCCUCAUUGCAGUCAUGAGUUUGAAACCAUUCAUGAUUGACAAUGUAGCUCUCAUAGUUAUUACUAUACAUAUUGUGCUUUGUUUUCCCCUAAUGAGUCUCAAUGAUCUUGGCACACUUUCUCAUAAUUAAAUGAAUCGGUACCUGAGUACCCACUCAGUGGUACUCCUAUUUCCAUCAUCAAAAUUAUGAAAGGAUGAGUUGGCAAUGCCAUAUUUAGAACUUCCUACCUUUAAGUUAAGGACCAAACUUCUGGAAUAAAAGGGAAUCAUGACAUGUCACACAUGUCAUGUGUCCUUAAGGGGUUAAAUAAUUAUAGUUUAGUGCAGGGUUAUGGUUUCAGGAAUCCAUCUAAACUGAGUGCAAGAGAGCGUGGACCCACUGUAGAAAAAGCUUUUAAAAUUUAUACCCAUUCUCUGCAUUCUCUUGCACUCUGUUUUGCUAUGUUGGCAAUGUUAAUGUGUUUGAUGCUAAAAUUAAUUGACUGUAUGAUACAAAACUCAUGCUUGCAUUACUCAUGACACUGGAAGAUCUAAAGGUGCGGCUAAAGAGGGUUGGACUGCCAACUAGGUGUGCACAAGUGCAAUGUGCUACAAAAGGGCUUUCAAUGCCAGUUUCAUGCAGCCCAAAGGAAUUUUAAUGUCUUAAAGCAUUUGUUGUCCCCAAGAUCAGGAUCCCAAGGAAAGAAUGAGAAAGUUUAUAUAAAAACCGAUAACCUAACGUCUCAAAUCAUGACUGUCCUUCAGUGUUCCAGAGAUUUAGGAGCUAUGCACAUAGUUAUUCCCAACUGUAAAGCUGGUGAACCAUGCUGGAUACAUUUUAGCAGAACCUGAUUGAGAAUGUAGAGUGUCUGAACAAAGAUAGCUAAUGGCCCAUCUUUUGUUCAUGUGAAAACACCAAAGUCUCUUACAGCCCAGUUCUGUUUUGUGGCUAUGUUCUCCUACAUUAUCCAAGGCCAUUGGUAGUACCCGUAGUUGUCUGGCUCUGAGGAAUAAUCCAUUCUAUUCCAUUUGUAUGACAGGACUGUGUGAACAUAUGCCUGAGCCACUUGCAAUGAAGUACAGCACAAUUUAUGCAAAAAUAGCUAGAUCACAAAACAUCUCCUAUUUUACUAUUUUUAACUUUGUUGCCCACAACUCAUUGUUAUGGGAAAGCUAAAGCAGAGAGCACAUUGCUGAAGUACAUAUCGUGAUGGUCUCUGAGCUACAUCAAUUCUAACCCAAUUGGCCUCACCCAGUGGAAUCCAAACUGAUGAUUGGAUUUGUUUGAACAGAAAGAAACUGCUUUUGUAAAUUUAACAUUCAUUGCUGUAUGUGGGACUCAAUCUUGCACUAAUCAACUUUAUCAUAAGUUUUUAAUCCUUGGGGGCAGCAGGAAAUGAGGCUUACCUCAGGUGACUUGUCUGUCUCUCACCAGGUAUCUCUCGUCCCAGGGCAGACAGUGCCCCUCCUACGCCAGUAAACCGGCUAAGCAUGCCUCAAAAUACAGUCGCCAACACCACCCCACCACACAACAGAAGGCAUCGUGCAGUCACUGUGAACAGGACCAUUGUGAAACCCAGCUCAGUAAGUUCUAACCUCACAGGGUUUUAAAUAAGAAUAUUCUCACAAAAAAAAAAAAUAUAUAUAUAUAUAUAUAUAUAUAUAUAUAUAUAUAUAUAUAUAUAUAUAUAUAUAUAUAUAUAUAUAUAUAUAUAUAUAUAUGUAUGUAUGUAAAAAAACAGAUAAAAUUCUUAUCUUGUAAUACCUUUUUUAUUGGACUAACAGAAUUUUUUAAUGACAAGCUUUCGGGAGAACCUCCCUUUCUCAAGUCUGAAGCAUUUCUGAGCAAAACGACACAUAGAAUUCAAAGUUGAUUUGUGAUACAGGGGUUAAAGCGACAUGAGUGUAGAUAAGACACAGGUUUGUUAGAAAAUAGACACCAUCUUAGCAGAGGGUCAUAAAUAUCUUGUUGAAGAGAAGAGUAGGGGGGAGAGAGGGAAAAGAAAAACAAACAAGCAGACAGUGCACAGGAUGAUACACUUUAUACAUGCACACACACAGAAAUAUGUAUAUGUGAACGCAUAAACACAUGUAUAUAUACAUAUACAUAAACACAUAUACAUACAUGCACAUGGACUCAUAUACACAAAUAUAAAUGCACAGUAAUAUAUAUAAGCAUUCAUGCAUACGAGUAUGGGAAAGCAUAGGUCUACACAUAGUACUUUGUAUAUAGAUAGAAUAAACAUAUAGGAAUGCAUUUUAAAGUGUUGGUAGAUAUGACAGAAUAGUAAGAUAAUGCUGGGAGAGUGUUCAUGUAAAGUGUUGGUAGUGGGACAGGAAUCCCAAAUCAAUAUUUAGUCCUCUCUUCUUGCUGUUAAACCAUUUAAUCAUUCUGGCUUCAAAGGCUUUUCUUUCCUGGGUAUUUUUAAAACCCCCUUUCAGUACUUUGAUUUUUAGGUCCUUCAGUGAGUGGCCAGGCUGGGUAAAGUGGUGUCCCACAGGAGUGCAGUAUGAUUCUUCUUUGUGGUGUUUAAUAGAGUGUCUGUGCAUAUUCAUUCUGCCAUUUAAUGGCUGGGUGGUUUCCCCAAUGUAGCAUCCUAGGUGGCAUUUUAUGCAUUGAAUCAUGUAUACCACAUUGCUGGAUGUGCAGGAGUAUGAACCUUUAAUGCUGUAGGUUUUAUUGUUGUGUGUGGCUGUGUUGUCUGUGCAUAUGUGCUGACACAGUUUGCAGCGAGGUUUUUUGCAUUGACUGGUCCCGUUUUCUUCGUUCUUACCAUCAGUGGGCAGCCUCCUGUUGAUUAAUUUUUGUUGGAGGUUUGGUGGUUGUCUGAAGGCCAAAAUGGGUGUUUCAGGGAAAAUGUUUUUCAGAGUCUCAUCUUCUGUUAAUAUUGGUUGUAGGUCUUUGAUGAUUUUCCGUAUUUCCUCAAGAGCAGGGUUGUAGGUGACCACAAGUGGCACUCGUGUGCAUAUUUUUUUCUCUCUGUAUUGUAGCAGGCGCGUACGUGGCGUUUUUACAGCAGAGUUGAUUUGUUUGGUAAUAGUCUUUGGUUUGUAGCCUUUCUGUCUCAUAGAUUGGGAGAGUACAUUUAGAUGGGAAUUACGGUCAUUAGGAUCAGAGCAUAUGCGAUGGUACCUAGUGGCUUGGCUGUAGAUGAUGCCCUGUUUAGUAUGAGAGGGGUGGAAGCUGGAGCUGUGUAGGUAACUGCACCUGUCUGUGGGUUUUCUGUAAACCGAGGUGUGGAUUGUGCCAUUAUUACAUGUCACAGUUGUGUCCAGAAAAUUCACAGAUCUAGUGGAAUAUUCCAUUUUUAGUUUGAUUGAUGGAUGGAAUGUGUUGAAAGAGUCAUGGAACUAUAUCAGUUUUUCUCUGCUUUCAGUCCAAAUUAUGAAGAUAUCAUCGAUGUAGCGAUAAUAUUUGUAUGGUUUGGUGUGUUGGAUUUCUAGGAAUCUCUGUUCAAGAUCUGCCAUAAACAGAUUAGCAUAUUGGGGUGCCAUCUUAGUGCCCAUAGCAGUGCCCAUGGUUUGUAGGUAAACCUCAUUGUUGAAACUGAAGUAGUUAUGUGUGAGGAUAAAUAGUGCCAGUUUUGUGAUAAUUUGGGGGCUUUAUUUUUGGUUGUUGACAUGAGAGAGAAAAUGGAAGCAAGCAUUGAUGCCAUCUGUAUGUGGAAUGUUGCUGUACAGAGAUUCCACAUCCAUGGUUACAAGGAUGGUGUUAGCAGGGAGAUUGGUGAUUUGGCUGAGUUUGUUGAGGAAGUUGGUUGUGUCUUUUAUGAAGCUGUUAGUGUUGGUGACUAGAGGUUUUAGGGUAUUUUCUACCAGUCCUGAGAUCUGUUCUGUGAGAGUUCCCAUUCCUGUAAUUAUGGGUCUUCCAGGAUUACCGGCUUUGUGAAUUUUGGGAAGCAUAUAGAAAGUGCCCAUGCAGGGACUAGUUGGUAUGAGUGAUUGCAGUUCUAGGUGUAAGUUCUCAGGGAAGGAUUUAAUGAGCUCCCUAAGUUGUGAUGUAUAUUCCUUGGUGGGGUCUUCAUUUAGUUUUCUAUAGUAUUUGUCAUCUGACAAUUGCCUGUCACCCUCUUUUAUGUAGUCCUGGGUGUUCAUUAUCACUACUGCUCCUCCCUUGUCUGCUGGUUUGAUGGUGAUAGCAUGAUUAUUUUUCAGGUCAUUUAUAGCCAUUUGUUCCUGUACUGAGAGAUUAUGAAACAUUUUCUUUUGGUUUUUCUUGGUUGUCAAGGAUACUGUUCUUAGACGGAAACUUUCAAUGUAACUGUCCAGUUUGGCAUUUCGUCCUGGUGCUGGACUGAAAUUAGUGUUUUUUUUCCGGUUGUUGUAAUCCAUUGUGGUUUCAGUGCUCUUUUUGUCAUGGAAGUAUUCCUUAAGUCGCAUCCUUCUGAAAAAUUCUUCCACGUCAGAGUAGAGCCCAAUGUCAUCAAGUUUUGUGCUAGGGCAAAAUGAUAGUCCUUUGGAGAGAACUGAUGCUUCUGGGUCAGAUAGUUUGUAAUCCGAAAUGUUAAAUGUUAAUACCAGAUUUCUCUUGCCAUUUCUCUUUCUCUGCCAAAUGUUUGUGAUAAUCCUGCUGUAGUCUGAGUUUAUUAUUUUUCUUCUUAAAAAGGUCCCUUUGUUGCUUUUUGUAAAAAUAGUGUAGAUCAUGUUCUAGUUGUUUAGCAAUAUACUCAACAUAUAAUCAACAGGAGGCUGCCCACUGAUGGUAAGAACGAAGAAAACGGGACCAGUCAAUGCAAACAACCUCGCUGCAAACUGUGUCAGCACAUAUGCACAGACAACACAGCCACACACAACAAUAAAACCUACAGCAUUAAAGGUUCAUACUCCUGUACAUCCAGCAAUGUGGUAUACAUGAUUCAAUGCAUAAAAUGCCACCUAGGAUACUACAUUGGGGAAACCACCCAGCCAUUAAAUGGCAGAAUGAAUAUGCACAGACACUCUAUUAAACACCACAAAGAAGAAUCAUACUGCACUCCUGUGGGACACCACUUUACCCAGCCUGGCCACUCACUGAAGGACCUAAAAAUCAAAGUACUGAAAGGGGGUUUUAAAAAUACCCAGGAAAGAAAAGCCUUUGAAGCCAGAAUGAUUAAAUGGUUUAACAGCAAGAAGAGAGGACUAAAUAUUGAUUUGGGAUUCCUGUCCCACUACCAACACUUUACAUGAACACUCUCCCAGCAUUAUCUUACUAUUCUGUCAUAUCUACCAACACUUUAAAAUGCAUCCCUAUAUGUUUAUUCUAUCUAUAUACAAAGUACUAUGUGUAGACCUAUGCUUUCCCAUACUCGUAUGCAUGAAUGCUUAUAUAUAUUACUGUGCAUUUAUAUUUGUGUAUAUGAGUCCAUGUGCAUGUAUGUAUAUGUGUUUAUGUAUAUGUAUAUAUACACAUGUGUUUAUGCGUUCACAUAUACAUAUUUCUGUGUGUGUGCAUGUAUAAAGUGUAUCAUCCUGUGCACUGUCUGCUUGUUUGUUUUUCUUUUCCCUCUCUCCCCCCUACUCUUCUCUUCAACAAGAUAUUUAUGACCCUCUGCUAAGAUGGUGUCUAUUUUCUAACAAACCUGUGUCUUAUCUACACUCAUGUCGCUUUAACCCCUGUAUCACAACUCAACUUUGAAUUCUAUGUGUCGUUUUGCUCAGAAAUGCUUCAGACUUGAGAAAGGGAGGUUCUCCCGAAAGCUUGUCAUUAAAAAAUUCUGUUAGUCCAAUAAAAAAGGUAUUACAAGAUAAGAAUUUUAUCUGUUUUUUACAUCUACAUCACUGGACUAAUACGGCUACAAUCUCUACUUGAACACUAUAUAUAUAUAUAUAUAUAUAUAUUUUUUUUUUUAAACUGUCUUGUGCUUGAGGUGUAUCUCAAGAAUUAAUAAAAUGUCUAAAAUGUGUUUUUUAAUUUUAAAGGCAUACCACAGUCAUUUGCCUAGUCUAAAUAUUUAUUUAAAGGGGUAAUUCUUUCACCUCACUGCUUUUUUUUUUUAGUCCAGUAAAGCAGAUUAAAAUAGUGGAGUCAGUAUCUUGUAAUGCAUGUUUGUAACCACAAGCAUAUUUGUCCAGUCUGUAGAUAUUAAAAGGAUUUGUUUUAUAUCAGUAGAAUUUAUUGGCCACAAACACAGGUUUGAAAACCUAUGUCUUGUCUUGUAAUUUAUCCAACUUUAUAUUUAUAUCGAAGUUCAUUUUUCAUUUAUGGAUUUAGUGUUUUCGAAGCAUAUUCCAUAUGUUUUAUAAAUGUGUGCUUUUUGUUUUAUUUUUUAUUAGCAAUCAAUAUAGCCAAUACAAUGUCAAAGCGUAUUAGUAUAUUUUUAUAAUGGGGGUGGGGGGAAUAAACAGCUGCUUAAAUACAAUAUUAUCUAAAGAGUUAGACAAUUCCCUGUCUUGACAUUUUCAAUCAAGUAUUGUUUUUUUUGGAGCCAAGCCCCAACCCCAGCUCUUUAUUCGAACAGAAAAAUGACUGUACAUCCUACAAUAUUAACUGUAUUGCCAAUACCAAAUUACCUACUGAAAUAUCUGUUCUUUGUUCUUCUUUUUCAGGCUAGCACUACACACAGCACAAGAGUCCAACAACAGACAACUUCCACCUCUCCUCUGUCCAGCCCAAACCAAACCAGCUCUGAGCCCCGUCCUCUACCAGCCCCUACAAGGCCCAAAGUUAAUAGUAUUUUGAACCUGUUUGGUUCCUGGCUAUUUGAUGCUGCUUUGGUUCAUUGUAAACUGCAAAAUGGAGUUAACCGGGACAGCAGCAUGACUGGUACGUACCUGUACAUUCAAAGUGGAUUCCUUUUAUCAUCUCUGAAAAUCAAUAUUUCCUACCUGCAAGAUUAAAAUUGUGAAUGAAUGGGCAGGUUGGGAGGGAUCUUCUGAGGAUGUACAUAACUUAAUUCAUCUGUUUUUAACCACAUUAAUGAAAUGGCCAUUGUUUAAUCCUUCUCAGCUACAUCCACAGAGCAUUUUAUAAGUGAAAGUAUUCUUGUUAAAUUGCAAAGGUUUUUGGCAGUUGUAGUUCUCUAACCAUUGUAAAUCUGUUAUUUCUGUGCUAUGGCGCAGUUAGAUAUGCUUGCCCCCAUAUCCAUGAAAUGUGUGGAUGAAAAGUCUACUUACAGAUAAAAAAAAUCUCUAGCUUCUCUAUAGGUCAUGCCUUAAAUUGAUGUUACAAUAAAGCACAAUCAUGCCAGUGCUUUUUCUGCAACAGAAAACCACAAUCUUGAUGGAACAACUCAAAGAUUAUGUUGAUAUUUUAUUAAAUUUCUGACACAAUCUGGAGAUAUAAUAACAAAAUUAUAAUAUUUUUUUUUUUUAUGGACAAGACUGUCUUGAGCACAAUGUUGAGUGGAGUGUCCACUGCCACAUUUUACCAUCUUGAGCAUGGCACAAUUGAUGCAUCUGACAUAAUGCUGUGCAUUUGACAGAUCUGUGAACCCUUGUGAUAGACCCCUAUUUUAAAAUGUCAUGGCUCUUACCAAAUGAAGCCAUGGGGCACAGAAGUAGUAAAGUCAUGACAUACCACUAAAGGCCCAUUAAUGCUCCCAAUCAACAUGGAUUUGAAUGCAGUUGCUUAGCACUAGCACCUUCCACUGGGCUCCAUUCAUCCUUGCGCCAGUCCAUGUUACAAUUAAUUUGCAGCUAGAAAUACACUUAAAUGGAAUGAUAGGCUAUUCCAGGACAAACAUUGAAUCAAUGAAAGUGCAGCUCCGCAGCAGAGAUAACAAAUACAUUUUUUUUUUCUUCCAAGUAUUAAAGGAAUACAUUUAAUACACUUAUUUAUAACACUGGAGUUUUCAUGUCUCCUGGGCCUCCUUCCUGCAAAUUAAAGGGACACUAUAGUCACUAGAACAACUACAGCUUAUUGAAUUUGUUCUGGUGAGUAGAAUCAUUACCUUCAGGCUUUUUGCUGUAAGCACUGUCUUUUCAGAUAAAAUGCAGUGUUUACAUUACAGCCUAGUGAUAACUUCACUGGCCACUCCUCAGAUGGCUGUUAGAGAUCCUUCUUGGGUCAUGGCUGCCUAAAAUGCAUCGAAACAUUCAGUGUCUCCUCCCUCUGCAUGCAGACACUGAACUUUCCUCUUAGAGAUUCGUUGAUUCAAUUCAGCUCUAUGAGCAGAUGCUGAUUGGCCAGGGCUGUUUUUGACUUGUGCUGGCUCUGCCCCUGAUCUAGUCUCAGCCAAUCCUAAGGGGGAAGCAUUGUGAUUGGAUCAGGCCACCACUUCUGAUGAUGUCAGCAGUUUUUCUGAGGCAAACAGCAUGCAGAGUUACAGCUUCAGGCUUGAAUACAAGUAAGAUUUAGCUAUAUUUAGGGAGGCAGGGGGGGCUUAAUGGUGGUUGUAACGGUCAGCUGGGAUAAUCCGAACGAGUACCUCCGCCAAUCGAUGCUCCUAGUGCUUGCCGAGGACUCCAAGCACUCCGACACCAUCAGCACUGCAGACCCCACUUCCAGCGAUGCAGCUGCGCCUGGGUCUCACCGUCCUUCACCCACCAUGGACCCAAGGCCAGGAUCCAGCUUCCAGUCCUCUCUUCCUCCAGAGAGCACUAAAAACUCUUACAAGAGCUUACCCUGGGGAGUAUAGUGUGAUUAUAGCAAUCCCCAGAGUGUAGUUAUCCCAUCCCCCAAGCAUGAGCCAAGGCUUCAAGAAAGGGUCAAGCAGGUCUGUUUAAUGAGCACACAAAGCAACAGUAUUCAUGCAGCAACUCCUGCUCAGAGGAAAACAAAAAUGACAGUUAAAAGGUCAGACAGUGUUUGAAUAUGACAGUUAUUGGGUCAGACAGUGUUUGAAUAUGACAGUUUUUGAAUAUGACAGUUAUUGGGCCAGACAGUGUUUGAAUAUUUGACAGUUAUUGGGUUAGACGGUGUUUGAAUGUUUGACAGUUAUUGGGUCAGACGGCUGCUGCAGGGAAUUGUCUCUGUUUAUGGAGGAUCUCCUGGGAUCCUCCAUAGACCUCAAUGCUGCAUUCUUGUGCAUGUGAGAGAGAAUACAGCAGUGACGUCUGUUCCUGGUGCUGACGUGCCAGGAGCUGAAGAAGAAUCGCCGGAAGAAGGCGGCGCCUGGAAGGGACAGGUUCAGGUAAGUAGAACAACCUUUCCCGGACUCUCUACACACUUCCUGAAAAAGUUUAAAAAAAAAUUAGUUUAGAAUUUAUUUCCCUCUUUAUUAAUAGCUGUAGGAGCCACCUGUUUAUUAUUCAAGUUUAACUAACAGGGCUGGAGAUAAGAAAUUGUAAAGGAAACACAUUGUGCUGUAAGAUCUUGAAUUAAAAUGAAAACUAUAUUUUCAUUUAUUUAUUUUUUCAUGGUGCCUGUGUGUUUUACUGCAAGGGGUGGCUAAACAAAGUAUUUAACUCCUAAAUGGCAAGCACUUGAGCAGAAAGACUGCAUUGGUAUGAUCUAUACACCAAAACUGCUUCAUUAAGCUGAAGUUCUUUUGGUGGUUUGAGUGUCCCUUUAAAGCUAAAGUUAGAAAUGCUGACCAGAUUGGCAGCAUUUGCCUUUGACAUAACACCUAGGGAAAAAAAAUAAUUCAACCACCCCAGUGUGCUCAGUCAAUAUAUUAAUGUAUAAAGUGAGAUGACACUGAGCACACACUGGUCCUCGCCUGUAUGUUGUUUGACUGUAGGUCCAUCCUCCUCCUUAGUCUCUACCAGGCCAGCACUCUCUGUUUAGAAACAAAAUUGUGGGAGAAAAAAAAGCAAAUUAGAUGUAACAUUAUAAUUAAGCAUUCUUAUUCAAAGAGAAAGUUAAAAAAUAAAAGUAAGGAAAGCUUAACUUGACACAAUGUAAAUCAGUAAUGCAGUUUGGAAAUAUUGUUAAUUUCAGAAAACUAUAGUAAGCAAAUUAUUUUAAAGAGGGUGGGGGGGUGGGGAGCCUACUUUUGGAACUUAAAUCACUUUCACUGUUCUCUUAACAAAAGACAAAGAUUGUAAAAUUGACAAUUUUGAAAAGAUUUGUGUGUGCAGUUUUCAGCAUAGUGAGAUUAACUUGUGGAUAAAGCUGGGAAAGGUUCAAUGCAUUUCAUUACAUCAAUGAAGCCCUGUAAAUAAAAAUCAUUCUCAUCCAUUCAGUAAUUCCUUACCCACUGUGGUGCACAAUGUCGUCUAAACUCACUAUUUGCUGUUACACAACCCUUUUCAUAUAUAUUUUCUUUUCCUUUUUUUUUUUCUUUAUUUAAAACCAAAAUUAGAAACAAUCCUUCCUUUUUUAUGUGAAUUUCUCACCAUAUUUAAAGUACUUUUCUUGUAACUAUUUCUGUCCUUUGAUUUCUUUCCAUUUUAUUUCUGUUCUUGCAGCAUCUUUUAUCCAAAUUCUUCUUUCUUAUAAAUCUUGUAAGUAGGAAUCGGUAGCUUCUCCUCAAUUGCCAUCAUUUUUACUAUUUCUUUUCCAUUUCUUCAUAACCGCUCGCAUUUUUUUUCGGUUUCUUCCUAACAUCUGUUGUCUUGUUGCUUUCCUUUUAUGGUUUUAUUUUCUUAUACUUUGAAUAUAUUUAUUUAAAGAAAUCCUUUUCUGUUACUGCUUUUUGAGUGUGGGGAGGAAACGGUUCAUUUCUUCAGCCUGAAUGGGAACGAUUGUUGGCACAGUCAAAUUAAUCUGUUUUCAAUCUUCCCCAUUUAUGUCAUGUCAUGAAUUUCAGGAUUUUUGCACUAAACAUGUUUUACUUUCACUUUUGUUAAAAAAUUUUGAUUUUAUUUUUUGUAUGUUUUGUUCUAAAUGGAUGUAAUGUUUGGUAUUUGUGCAUGUGUUUUUUUUUUUUUUUGUUUAGUAGACAUUUCAUUAAAUGUAGCUUAUUUCUGGUAUACUUAAAGUUGAAGUGGCUCAUGGGGGAAAAUGCAUAAAGAUUUUGUUUAAUAUCCAUACUCUGCCUUAUAGUACUCAAUGUUCAAUUGAAAAAAUUAUCUUAGCUGCCAAAUAAAAUUUAACAAAUGGUUCACUAGUGUUGUUGGGUAAAUGGUUAAAGGACCACUAUGAUGCCCUGAGGGUGUCCACCACCCUCAGGGUCCCCCUCCCACCGGGCUCUCUUUCUCCAGCGCCGGGUGGGGGACUCUCCUCGUCCUCUGAAUGCGCAUACGUGGCAAGAGCCGCGCCCGCAGAUUCAGCCAGUCUCAUAGGAAAGCAUUCACAAUGCUUUCCUAUGGACGAUGGCGUCUUCUCACUGUGAAAAUCACAGUGAGAAGCGCGCAAGCGCCUCUAGCAGCUGUCAAUGAGACAGCCACUAGAGGCUGGAUUAACCCUAAUAGAAACAUAGCAGUUUCUCUGAAACUGCUAUGUUUAUAGAAAAAAGGGUUACCCUAGCUGGACCUGGCACCCAGACCACUUCAUUAAGCUGAAGUGGUCUGGGUACCUAUAGUGGUCCUUUAAAAUUGCUGUUCACUUAUUUUUGAUUUAUCUGAUUGUGUUGAAAGAAAACGUUAAGAGUGAGUGUGUGCUUGAUACUGUUGGAGUGUUAAACUCCAACAUGACCACUCUAGUGUUUUAAAGUGGUCAUGGCGUAAGGACACUGUAUGUGCAAUGUAUCCUACUGAGAUAUUGCAGCUAGCUACAAGAGAUGUAACUCUACUUCCUGCAACUUCUAUUAUUAGCAAGAGUUCUAAGCUUGCUAACGAUAUUUCUGUACAUAUUCUAUGCAUAGAUGCUCAAUGGCUACAGAAGCUGGAAGUCCCUCAGAUACCAUUCAUUGUGGUCCAGUGCCCAGUGGGACUCUGUUAAGCAGAAGACCAUUGAAAAUGGUUUACUCACUUACCGGUGAACAGUGCCAGGGUAAUUAUGGCAUCAUAUCCACUACAAUGGAUGCUAAUGGUUAUGAUGCCUGGAGUAACCCUUGAUUUGGCAAAGAUACGGUCUAUCUAUUUGUAUGUUUAGGUUUAACCAGUAAUACAAUUAAGUUUUUUUUUUGUUUGGUUUUUUUUUCUUUUCUUUUUUUUUUCUUUUUUACUGCUCUUGUUCGGUUUCUAUAUGUAGCACAUAUCGUAAACAUUUCACAUCUCUUAAAAUUUCAGCAGGUUCUUGCGCUGAAUUGCAAGGGCCGAACAGGGUGUGGAUUACCAGUCUCUGUUCAUCUGUAACGUGUCCAUGUACUUUGGAUACUUAAAGUAGCUUUGGUCUUCGUUACCGUUUCAUGGCAGAAUCUGAAAGAACCUAAAUCUGUCCCCCUAACCCCUUAUUAAUAUCCAAUAUAGGGAAUUGCUCUCCAUUCAUCGGCAUCAUCUCCAAUCACAAUAAUGCCAACAUAACCGCGAAGAGUGCAAUGCUCCAGACCAAAGGAUGGUCUUGGCUUCACUUUUUUUACAGUAUGUAAAUGAAAAUAUGUUCAUGCAUUUGGAGUUCUAAGCUUUCUGAGCGCUUUUUAAUGGAACAUAUCACACAGGCAAUGUUUCUGUCGCUAUCUGUGAUGGCUUGAGAAAGGCUGAGUGGCAGGACAUUUUUUCAUAUAUAUACCCCUACCUCAUUUUGACUGGCUUGAGAAAACAAGUUUCAUUGCCUGCUUUCAGGCCACAUUCUCCUCCAUUGUCUUACUGGAAAUAGACUUGAACCAGAUAACAAUGUUCUUAUUGUAAUUUAAUAUAAUAUUUGCAUUUUAAUUGAUCCAUUCUGUGUAAUAAUUGAAAAAUGCAAAGGAUUAAUUGGACACAGACAAAUCAAUGUGAUUCCUACCAUAGCAUAAUCUCUGGAUUAGUUUUAUUCCCCUUUAAACAAUAUUACAUACUUAUUACAUUUUGGACAUCAAGCAUCCAGGUAUGACUUCAUUGUCAUGAGUUAUACUUUUUGUCCGAGAUCACACCUUGGGCACAGAAGUCCAGGUUUGGCAUUCAUUUCAUUAACAAUAGAAUGUACCUUCAUCUGUUACAAGCUGAUCUAAAUAGUUAUUAUAUAAAAUGGAAGCAAGUAACACAAAAUGGUUUGAUAGUUUAUAUCAUUCUACAGGUAAAUAUCUAGAACAAAGUUUAUAUGCAAGGCUGUGUUACACAGCCUACAUUUUACCCUGUGGUUUCUUGGAAGUUUGUUUUUAAAACACAAUUAAUUUGUAGGAAGAAAACACAUAACUGCACAUUUUUAAAUAAAUGUAGUAAUAUAUUUGAUUUAAAAAAAAAAAAGAAGUUAAAUACAAAUAUUUUGUUUUGGGCCUUGAUUAGAUUGCAUUUUUCUUUUUUUCAUAUUGACAUAUUUUUAUUUUAUUAUUUUGCUAUUAAUAUUUGUAUACAGAUACAUUUAUUCGUGAUCAUUUGUAUAUAAAAAUUAUGAAAACUGUUCACAUAACUUGUACAAAGUAUAUUCAUUUGCUUACCAAGUUAAAGGACCACUCUAGGCACCCAGGCCACUUCAGCUUAAUGAAGUGGUCUGGGUGCCAGGUCCUUCUAGGGUUAACCCAUUCUUUUAUAAACAUAGCAGUUUCAGAGAAACUGCUAUGUUUAUGAAUGGGUUAAGCCUUCCCCCAAAGCCUCUAGCGGCUGUCUCAUUGACAGCCGCUAGAGGCGCUUGCGUGAUUCUCACCGUGAAAACACGCAAGCGUCAAUAGGAAAGCAUUGAUGAUGCUUUCCUAUGCGACUGGCUGAAUGCGCGCGCAGCCAGCCGACGGGGAGGAUCGGAGGAGGAGAGCUCCCCGCACAGCGCUGGAAAAAGGUAAGUUUUUACCCCUUUCCCCCUUCCCGAGCCGGGCGGGAGGUGGUCCCGGCACUAUAGUGCCAGGAAAACAAGUGUGUUUUCCUGGCACUAUAGUGGUCCUUUAAGGAGCUAGAUUUAUAGGUGAGGCUUUCUAUACUUACUAUCUAGUGCUCUGUUAUGAUGAAUACAAGCAAAAAAAAAUUAUUUCUUAAUCGUUUAAAGAUAGUCUUUCAAUAAAUGUUACUUGUUUCGUGGUUUUUUUUUUUUGUUUGUUUUUUUUUGGUUGCCAUUCCUCACUUUCUCUCACUUUGUCCGUCUAAGAAGAGUUCACUGUAUACAACAUGCAAUGUAUUCCAUGCUUCAAACCAUUUAUUUGAAUGGUUGUAAUCGUCAGGUGUGUACUGCAUGCAUGGUGCUCUCAUGUACCUUCAGAUUCCUCACUCACCAUCCGCCAUGUUCCCACAGUAGCCAUGCAAGCUCUUUUGUUUGUGCACUUUGGAAAGUUCCCUAUGGUUUCAAACUCAAGAAAUCACGUUUCCACAUCUAUCCCAGAGUUCCAAACUUGACAUGCAAAGGAGCACAGACGUAGAUUUCUGUAGAUACCGUUGGCAAUAAAACCUUUUUAAGCAUAGCUUUUUAAAAUAUUACCAGAGUAUGGGUGCACAUGUGUAUUAUAUUUCCAUUAGCUAUAGUCCUUGUCGAGUAGAAUUUAACUGCUGUGAGUGUCCCAUGAACCCUCCAUGCUUACAGUGACCACUAACUUUUCAAGUAAGUGUGUGUUUAUAAUGUUCCUGACCUUGGCUUGCUUUGUUUUCUAUGCCCUUGACCAUGGCUCAUAGUUUGACUGUUAGCCUGCUUCCAGUCCUAAUUGCUUUUGCCGUCAUAAAAAUUGGCUCCUCCCAUUGCUUUUGUGCUUUUCAGUCUUUUUUUUUUCUUCUUCUAAUUUUAAUAUGUUCUAUGUUGCGUGAGACUACAAAAGCAUGAAUUAUGUUUAAAACCACCUCCUUAAUUAAAGUGGUUUGGGAGCUUAUGCUGUAAUAUUGUAAUAGGGGAAACGACACUAUGAAUUAAAGGACCACUAUAGGCACCCAGACCACUUCAGCAUAAUGAAGUGGUCUGGGUGCCAGGUCCAGCUAGGAUUAACCCUUUUUUCUAUAAACUGAAACUGCUAUGUUUACUUUAGGGUUAAUCCAGCCUCUAGUGGUUGUCUCCUUGACAUCCGCUAGAGGCGCUUCUCACUGUGAUUUUCACAGUGAGAAGACGCCAGCAUUCAUAGGAAAUCAUUGAGAAUGCUUUCCUAUGGACUGGCUGAAUGCGCGUGCAGGGCUCAUGCCGCGCAUGCGCAUUCAGCCGUUGACGACAAGGAGGAGGAGGAGGAGAGUCCUCUGCCCGGCGCUGGAAAAAGAGGUAAAUUUAACCCCUCAUAGCCCAGUGGGAGGGGGGCCCUAGAGACCCUAUAAAGCCAGGAAAACGAGUAUGUUUUCCUGGCACUAUAGUGGUCCUUUAAUACUAUUUGAAACUGAAACGUUUUCAGUGCAGUUAAAUGUACUUUAUAAAGGCAUAUUGGUAAAAGAAAAAAAAAAUAUAUACUUUAGUUUUGUUUUUCAGUCCAACAAGAAAAUGACUGACUGAACACGGUGCCCAGGCCAUUUAAAUAUUUUUUUUUCAUAGUGGAGUUUGUUCUGGGCUGGUGACUCCGGAAUAACCCUUUAUAUGCCUUCUUGUUUUUCUGUAAUACCCUGUGAAUUGUCAAGGAGUUUUAGUUUCAAGACCAAAUAGCUAAAAUAACGACCUACCCUUUUUUUAUUUUUAUUUUUUUUAUUCUUUUUUUUUUUUUUACAGUUUAGUUGAGACACAAUUGGGAAUUGGGAACAGUAAUAUAUCCUAAUCUUAUGUCCUUUAUGGGGAGAAAAUAUUUUAUUUUCAUUUUUUUAAAAAGAGGAUGCAUAAACUGUCAAACCAAGAGAUCUAGGAAUUAUUGCACCAAUACAAACAUUGAAUGGAACAUUGUUGGUUUUGAGACCUGGGAUAGUGUGGUCCAACCAGUUAUAUUGUGUCCAAAUUUCCUUCAUCUUAAGUCUAGAUUGAAAGUUCUCAUCAUCCUAUUGUUCCUGUAACAUUUUGUAAAAGUCUCAUGUAUUGUUCAAUUUCCCCCUUUAUAAUAUUGUAAAGUUCUGCGGAAUAUGUUGGCGCUGUAGAAAUGAAAAUAACGUGACACUCAAGAUUUGUAUAUUCAAAUUUGUGAACCAUAAACGUCUGACUUGCUCGUUUUGUGUGAUUUAAAACUUAUUUUAUAAUAUCUGGCUGGCCAUCAAGGAUGGUUUAGUUCAGUUCUCUACAGUGCCAAGUUUACCCAUCACGGACCUUAGACCUUCUAUUGAGUCUUUUGAAACCUUUUGGUGAUAAUAGGACUUGGGGCAACCCGUUUGUAUGAUCAUGAAAACUUACUGGCGUAGCCUCAGCCCUAUGUAAUGCUACAAAUUCAUUUAAUUCCACUAUAAAUCUUUGUGCACUUGUUUCCCAUGAGCCCCUGCACUCUGCCUUGCCUGUGUUGACCAAUUAAAUAACGUACCUUUCUUUAUUGCAGCAAUAGCCACACAGGCCACAGUGGAAUUUCGUCGGAAGGGAUCCCAGUUGUCCACAGAUACAAUGGGCUCAAGCACCAUGUUUGAUGCUAAUGAAUUCCCAGAAAAUUACGAGGCAGGACGGGCCGAGGCCUGCGGCACUUUGUGUAGAAUAUUCUGCAGCAAGAAGACUGGGGAGGAGAUAUUGUCUGCUUACCUUUCCAGGUAUCCUUUCAAGGCCAAUACUUUUGGUCAAUAUUUCCUUUGAAUGGCUGAGUUGAUUAACAUGAAUUUGACAGGUGAGUUAUUUACAUUCUAGGACAAGCAGGUAGCCUGGAUAAUGAGUUGGGGUAAUCUUGUCUCCUGUAUUCAAGUAAAAAAAACAAAAAAAAACUUCAAUAAACUGUUUACAGUCCAACACUGUCAUUUUAGCAUACUCUUCGAAUAAAUAGUGAAUGUAAUAGUGUUGUCAGUGAAUUAAAUGGGCAGAAUUUUUUUUAUUUUAAUUAUUAUUGGUGGGGUAGGGGGGAAAGAAAAAUACUUGCAAGUUUUGAGAAUCAUACUUAAGUAUAUGUUUUCACUUACAGUAUAAAGAAACAUUGGGGGCUAGUUAUUUUCUCGAGAAGGCAUGUAGAGAGUUCACUAUGUAGCAGUUCCUGUCCUUAUUUUGAUUUGAACGCAACACUUUUUGCAGAAGUAAUGAUCUUCUGAAAACAUAAUGUUUUCAUACAUUACUAUAAACCACCCCAUUAUGCUUUAUCUUGUAUCAUAUUUUCUUAAUAUGUUUCCUCUUUUUAGGUUUUACAUGGUUUUGGUCCAGGGGCUGCAAAUAGGAGACUCUAUCUGCCAUCCUGUACUUGCAAGCAUCAUCCUGAACUCCCCUCCUCUCUUCUGCUGUGAUCUCAAGGGUAUUAAUGUGGUGGUUCCUUACUUCAUUUCUGCACUUGAAACUAUUUUGCCAGACAGGUAAAAUCUGCUAGGGAUGAAUGUGCAAUAAUGGCAAUUUGCUAUUGUAAGAGAUAAUCUCUUCCUAAUACUAUAGAAUGGAAAUCCAGAACAAAAGGUAAUAUGUUCGAGCUGAGUGUGUCAAACCCACCUAAUGUAUCACUCAAGUGCCUCAAACCUCUACUAGUGGUUGCACUCAAUUAUCGUACACGAUGCUUUAAGUUCUUUCUGUAAAACACAAAUAUUUCAAAUGUAAUCUUUAUCCACUCUACAAAGGUGAGUGUGCAUGCUAACUCAGCCUAUUUUCUGCUGAUGUUAUGAGAUGUAACACUACCUCUUGUAUCGCAUUUGUAAACUUUUAUAUGUGAAAACCUUUAUAAAAAAGGGAGUAUGCGAUGGACUUAAGUUUCUUUGGAGAGUUCAGAAAAUAGUUACUGCUCUUAAAAAUAGCAUGGUCUGAGUUAAUUAAAUUUAAUUGAAUUGGAUAUAGUGCCCGGAGUUUCCAUUCAGUAUUCAACAAUUUUCAAGCAGUUUAACAUUGAAUAUGGAGACCCUGAUUGCCCAUAGCUCAGUCCCUACUGGAGGUAUGGCUAAAGGAGGAGAUGACACACUUCCUUCUGGCCAUACCAAUUUAUACCAGAAAUGGAUGCUGUGAUAGGCUGAAAGUGGUCAGCUGACACUCUUGAACAUUCACAGCUUCCCACUGCAGCUUAGGCUAAUGCUUCCUUAUUAGCCCAAGCAGCACAGAGGGGAUUUUCUACUCUCUUAAAACAUUAGAAAUAGUUUAAGGCUAAAUAGGAUGGCACCAAUGAGAUUUCAGAUACUAUAACCACUGAAAUAAGAUGAUGUUGUAUCUGUAAUAUACAUUUUGAGCUAAUUUACUCACCUUUUAUACAGGAAAGUGUAUAGAAAUGUUAAAUAAGCCUGUAUUCCUGUGUUUCCGCACUCCAGUUGCUGCUCAAACAAUCGACCUUGAGUUUCGUAGCACAAACCUGAAUUUUCCAUUGACUGUAUAAUUUUGAACAAUUCUUUUUGAAAUAUUUAACAAACAUAGUCUCAAAACUUAGAAUUUUGCCUUUUUUUUUUUUUUUUACAGGGAACUUUCAAGGUUUAAAUCGUAUGUAAAUGCGACAGAACUGAGGAGAUCUAGUAUACACAUCUUGGUAUCACUGUUACCUCUACCACACCACUUUGGAACUGUUAAGUCUGAGGUAAUCAUCACUGACUCUUCUUUUCUGUAUAUUUUCUUUUUGUUUCUCUCUGAGAUUCUCUUUCACACUUUCUCCAAUACUUUUUGGAUUUUUUUUUAUUUUAGUUUUUGGGGGUUGAGUGUGGGUGGCAGUGCCAAAUCUUAGUCAUUGUACGUUGAUAUCAUGACAUUCUGGCCUAUGGACAUAUCUGAACCCAUACUAUAACAAACACACACUAAAUGUUUUAAACAUGAUUUUAUUCUGAAGAAGUAUACGGUUUAGUGGAAUCUAGGCUAUUGAUACAAAAACAUUGGGCUAUGUUUUUAUGAAAAUUAAGGCUUAGGAAGUAUUGGAAGAUCAUUUUAGCAAGUCUUAAAUGCAUAUGUGAGGGCCUGAACUUGAUGGACUUGUCUUUUCAGUCCCUCGUACUACUUAAUUAUGCUAUUUUUAUUUUUUUCGCUUCUCCCUUGCGUGUAAAAUCUUCUAAAGUAUUUUAUGAAUAACAUCACCGUAAUUCCUAGAUGUGUUACCUGCAGUGAAUACUCAUGUUUAAUGUUUUUGCUUACGAUGGAUAUUUGCCCGCUUUUUUUACACUAUAUAAACCGUAUAGAGCAACUUUGAGCAGUAGUGGUAAAAAUGGCGCAUUCGUCUGGAACAUUCAAUUGCUUUGCAUAGUAAAAUUCUUCUUAUUGUGUUUCUAAUGUUUCAAUCCAGCUCUGCAUACUAGACCAGUGACACAGAAGUUUUAGUGGAAUAUCAGAACAUACAUUUUCCUUCCAUAUUAUUCUUCGAGGAAGGGAUAAAUGACAGAAUGAUAGCUUGAUUUCCAGUAAAGUUUACAGAAUUGCAUUUUACAUGUCCAUUCUCCAGCUCACCCAUUCACACACUAUUUAACACACUAUGAUAUCUCUUUGAAUAAACCAGGAGUCCAUCUUUGACCUCUAAAGGAUGGGUGGUGGGCCACAGACCUAAAUCUGAGAGUCACUUAUGCAUGUUUUUACAAUGAAUGGAUCAACCAGUUACUACUUUGCAUUAUAUAAAUGUAUAAUGUUUCCACUGUAAAAGGGCUAAUGAAGGGAAAAAAUACAACUUUAAAGUUGGAUCUGUAUACAUUAAUGUGUUACUCUUAUUUUAAAGGUGCUGCUGGAGGGAAAGUUUAGCAACGAUGAUAGCAUGGUCAGUGAUAAACCAGUGACCUUUCUUUCCCUGAAGUUGAGACUGGUCAAUAUUCUUAUAGGAGCGCUACAGACAGAGACUGAUCCCAACAACACUCAAAUGAUUCUAGGUACAAUACUCACCAGUUACUUUUCCUUUCAGGUGGGGUCUGACACACAGGUGGUCUAGAAAUUGUAUUUAGAUCUCCUUAUCAAAAAGUCACAUUUACAACUAAAUAACUGUGCACAGCCUAGAAACUGGCUAAAGGGAGUACUGCUUUUGAAACCUUUGCCAGUUGUGUGAGUAGUACAUGAAGGACCACUACUGGACAAUAAUUAGCACAUCUGUCUUCUACAAUUCAUCCUAUACUAAAUAGUUAAAAGAGACACUCUAGUCAUCAGAAUAACUACAGCUUAAUAUAGUUGUUCUGGUAUCUACAUUACAAUACCUGCAGGGACAGGCAGUAAAGACUGCUUUUUAAUAGAAAAGGCAGGGUUUACAUUGCUGCCUAGGGAUACAUCCAGUGGCAGUUAUUCAGGUGGCCACUACAGGUGCUGCACAACUUGGUGCUGGAACAAAGAUAAGUUUCAUACGUCAGGGGGGCCAGCCACCUAACGUAUUUUUUUUAUUUAUUUUUUUAACCACCACUAUAGGGUCAGGAAUACACAUUUGUGCAGCACUGGCCUUCAGCAUCUCCAUGGAGAGUGUUGAUAUGCUGAACGCUUCCCAUAGAGAUGCAUUGACAUUUUGUUGCACAUUACCCUUCCAGUGCUUUCCUGUGGGAAAGCAUUGGAUUGGCUGAAAUCUAGAUUGAUUAUGUCAGCCACGAAAGCUUGGACAGCAUCGGCGAGACCAGCACGGUAAUCAAGAAAAGGUAAGUAACUGCCUUUUUUAAUCCACUCGCCUAAAUGAGGAAUCUCCUAAAUAGGUAGUCCAGCACUAUAGUGUUAAGAGUACAUGUUUGUAUUCCAAACACUAUAGUGUUCCUUUAAAGCUAUUACAACCUAUUGCUUAAAAAUAAAACAAACUUAGGGUUAGCGUUACAUUUUUUUUCUAUGAAUAAAUAUUUCAGUUUUUUUCAAUAUAUUACAAAAGUCUGGCUAAUUAUGGAUGUAUUUUUUUUUUUUUUUUUUUUACUUUUUAUAUAAUUAUAUAAUCGUAAAAUUAUUAAAGGGCUGCAACCAUUAGUUUCAGAGAACCCUACACUCCAAAAAAAUAUUUCCUGAACCCCCCCCGUACUUGCAUUCAAACAACCACCUAACCUGAGACUGAGAUUGGUCCACAACAAAUUGACCACAGAACAGGAGCUCACACAAAAUGGCCCUGUACGAUGCAACAAAUCACUCUGCAAACUGUGUCAACAUAUAUGUGGCAAUAGCACAGCCAGACACAAUAGCAAAUCAUACAACAUUAAGGGAUCAUAUUCGUGCACAUCUGCAAAUGUGGUGUACAUGAUACAGUGUACAGUGUGUGACAAAGGUUGCUACAUUGAAGAAACUGGCCUUAAGCUGCAUCUCAGAAUGAAUCUACACAGACACUCAAUCAAGAACCACAAGGAAACGAAUAUUGUACCCCUGUUGGCCAUCACUUCACUCAGACUGGUCACUCCAUCCAAAACCUCAGGAUUAAAGACUCCCAUGAAAGAAAGACAUUUAAGAUUAAAACGAUCACACAUUUCAACAUCAGAAAUAAAGGACUUAGGGGGGGAGUGGGCGGGCUGUGGAGCUGAACAGUCGCACAUGCUUUGAGCUCCCGGGCUCGGGUCUGAAUAUCAGACGAAAUCGGGGGCAACUUACCCAAUCUUGAACUCCAACACACCUUAAUCUGCUCCGUAGCAACUGACGAACCGGGGGAUACCUCAGACGCCCAGUAUACCCGCCGGAAUGACCGAGCUGGGGCCUAUGCCAAGCAGAGCAGGUGAGGGACAGCCGCUCUCCCAGCUCACAAACACAUGCAACGCCCGUAGCACACGGCUGCCUCCCCCCACCCCAGGACCGGUGGGGGUUAUCCCUAUCCAAACAUCCUCGAACGGUACACCUCUGUGGCCAUUAAGCGCAGACACCAGCACUUACCAGGCAACAAGUAUGCAGGCAGCCCGCCACGCCAAUAUGGCGGACGUGCAAUCAUGUGGAGGAGAAGAGCCGCCAAAACACAACCCCAAAACAAGCGACUCAUUCACUACCCGCCUGAAUGAGCUUUUCCAAACCUUCUGGGCACGAAUUAAGGCCAGACAAGCGGUGGAGCAGCAACAGAGGCAAGAAAACUGGAGUAAGGGGGACAAACAUGGCGGUGUCGACCGGAGUGGGCCUGGGCUACCCUUGGGCAAAGCCUUGAUAAAGCAGCCUACACCUCACCACGCUAGCCCAUCUGGGCCGCAGGCCACCAGGGUAACAAACCCGGCACAUCAACCACACAGGCGGAGACCGACCCGCCAAAGGCGGCGCAACACCAACAUAAAGGCCUCCAGACCAGUCCUGACAGGGAAGGAUCUGGCCCCCAGAGGUACCCGAAUCCGUGGCUACAAGAUGCCGGCCACGCUACAUGCCCGCAGCUGGAGGGCGCAUCGUGUUAACUCCCGGCCGACCGCCUACCAACAUGAAGCCCCAAUGCUGCAGACACGAUUCCCUCCUGAAGGAAUUGGGGUGACUAUCCAGCAAGCGGGUGGCUCCCCCCACGCUCACUAAUGAACGCUGCCCAGACACUCAUGAACACUGACUCUGCAUACCUGGAUUUUUCACAUGACUAUAUUUGUGACUGUCUCUGCUAUCUCCAUCUCUCACACAAUACCACAGAAGUACAUUUACCAUUUACCAUUGAUCACUUAUCACAGAUAGCCAUGUUACACACUUACCUACUCAAACCUACACACACACAUGUUUAUCUAUUUCUGUAACUUAAUCUCUUCUCUCUGUGACACAAUGGAUGUUUAAGCCUGCUUUUGAAAUACUAUUAUGCAAAGCUUUCAUGUCACUGUCUUAUAAGUGCCACUUUACAUGACUAUAGUUAAGCCUGUUUAUAAUAUAAAAUUGUGCAUACUGUCCACCUGUCCUGCAUGUUAAGCCAGGAAAGCUUGGGGACUGCCUUUGGGGCACCCCGGGCCUGCCUGUAUAAAUUUUAUGCACUGCAAACGAAAAAAUUCAAAAAAUGCAAAAAAAAAAAGAAAUAAAGGACUUAAUGUAGACUCUGGCUUUCUCACACACUACCAAAACUUUUUUAUAAACACACAUCUUAAUGUCUGAUCUAGUUCUUUUUCAAAAUUCUUGUUUCACCUUUUAUUGGAUCAAUUUAUAUACAUACAUAUAUGCAGCUAUAUACUUGCAUGCCCUGCUAUGCUGUUUUUUUCUUUUUCUGGCUAUUCUCUGCCAACCUGCACCUUUCACUUUUAAGCCCAUCUUCUGCUAUUUAUGACAUUCCACUCACCCCCACCCCCUCACCUUCUCUUACAUCAGUUGUUUUAAAUAAUAAACUCGAUCAGAUUGAUCAGUAUUGCUUCAGAACUGAGGAAGAGAGGAAAACUCUCAAAAGCUUGUCUUUGAAAUAUUAUGUUCAAUAAAAAGAUGUAUAAUUGUAUACUUCAAUAGUCUGGUAUUUUGGCAUCUUGUCUACUGGACUAAUACGGCUAAUCCAAUCUACUCUUUAUAUGCAAGUAUAUAAAUAUAUCCUAUCGUAUGAUUUGACAUUUGAGAAUAGUGAGUUAUAUAGGGAGUGAUAGCUCAUGUAUUCUUGAGAGAGAUUGGAGCUCAACUUUUUUUUUUUUUUUUUUUCUGAAAUGACUUACGUGCCAUUUUGUUCUGUGAUGAAGAAAGGACGUUUUGCUUUGAAGCAGACUAUUGCAUACUAAAGUUUUGAGGGAUUUAUUUUGUUGUUAAAGUUAGGUUUACAGUACUUCCAACAGCCUUACCAGAGAGUAAUCUGUAGCCUUAAUUUUGUUCAAUAUAUGCUUUGCAUUUUAGGGGCCAUGCUGAACAUUGUUCAAGACUCUGCAUUUUUGGAAGCAACUGGCAACCAGGUUGAAAUGGUAAGAGUUUUUAGCAGAUUUGUAUAAUUUCCUUUUUUUUGCAUAUUGCUUUCUGAUGUCAGACGUGUCAUGUUGAAUUUACUUGUAUGUUUUAUCCACACCUUAUGAUAUAGAACAUAUUCAAAUAUUACAAAUUAGAACUGUAAUUAAAGUAAUACUAUAGUGCUAGCAAUACAAAGCUGACUAAAAGUCUCCUAACAAACAGGGAGUUCCUCUAGUCAAUGAAAAGAAGUGGUCUGGGUGCCUAAAGAAAUUAACGUCCAUUGCUUCUAGAAACCAGUCCUUAUGGACCACCACUGCAAUUACUAUUUUGCGAUUAAGUAUGAAUUGCAAUAAAACCCAGUCAGUCAGAACUGACUUGAGAUGCCCAGAAUGAGACAGGAUGGAGUAACCCACCUGUGACAAGGGCAUCCAGCAGGGGGAGUGUUUGAGGGUAUAUUGUGUCUGUCUUAAAACAACCACAAUAUAUAUAAAACAUUUUUUUAAAGGAUGUAAGUAUGUUAAGUAAAAUUCUCAAAAUAUAUACAAGUGAUGAUAAAAGGACACUCCGAACAUCAAUACAAAUUUAGUGUAUUUCAUUGGUUUUGUUCUCAUUAAUAUGCUGUAUAUCUUCAAUGCUCAAACCUUUGUUUUUGCACAAAAGAUAUUUAGCAGAAUGUUAUGAGAUAUUCUCUCCCACUACACAGAAACUAAAUAAACUGAAAAGUGAUUGGAGGCCCAUGAUUGGUCUCAUCUUCACAGAUGAAAAUUGUACCGCAUUGGGUAUAAAUUUCUAGAGUAUAAGGUCAUUUUGCACAAGUUGUGCAAUGCUCGUUCCCCUUUCUGUGAUCCCCUGGUGCUAUAGAAUUGAGUGUUAGUUGAACCAUAACCCAUGGCCCGAGCUAAGCCAUUCCCUUAAGGGCUACCUUAAUAUACAAGCCUGGAGCGAGAUGGCCCCCAACCCUACUGCUCAUAACAUUGUGCCAUCCUCCAAUCAGAAGAGACAUGUUAAACUCCGCCAAAUACAUCCAACGACGGAUUGUUGAGCUAGUUCCGUUUAUAGACUUAGUGCUUAAAUAUAUAUGAACACCUUAUACCCUGCACUUGUCUGGUUUGCCCUGGUUACUUAGAAUAAUGGGGAAACCAGUGUGUCAUUUUCUCCAUAACCAUUUAAUUUUUUUGAUUUAUUGUUUUUACUUUGAAAUUAUUUUUUUUUUUCUUGGAGCUUAAAGUGUUUGAUGUGUAUAUUACAUAGCUCUGCAUCAAUAUAAACGCAGAGCAAAGUAUCUUUAAAUUACACAAACUACACAAUAUGUAAUAUGUAUACACAAUAUGUAUUUUCUGUAGAUGUUCAAAGGAGUGAUUAACUGCAUGCUAAGCACAUUACAUAUAAAUGAAUAAUUCUGGGUGGAUUUUGUUUUUUGGGGAUGCAUUUCAGAUAGAAAAUAAUUUGCUGAAAAGCCACAGUCGGACCAACAGUGGAAUAAGCACAGCGAGUGGUGGCAGCACUGAACCCACUACACCAGACAGUGACAGACCAGCACAGGCACUAAUGAGGGACUAUGGUAAGACUGAAGUAGAUUCUCUGCAAUUUGUCAGAGAACUCUAUUCGCAAAGCUUUAUUCUAAUCACUUGUCAUUCAAACAAAAACCAGAAGGGUGUGGAAAUCACAAAAUUCACUUUGAGCAAUGAGGAGUAAAUCUCUCUUCUCUGAGAAUUUUGUAAGUUUAAAAAAAAAAAAAAGAGAGAGAGAGAAAUACUUUUUAUAUUUUGUGUCUUUUCAAAUCGAGUGUAAGAUUAGGUGAUAUUGAAUUGGGAGCUAUUUUCAUGCAUAUAUUGCAUACAUAUUUACUUGUAUGUCCUAAGCAAAGUGUGUUCUGAUUACCUUUUCAAGAUCAGGAUAAAGAAAUCAGAAAUAACACUCCAUUGCUAGAAACUAAAGCGUUAACAGGCUUCUGAUACUUUUAUCCUGUAAAUAGCUGACCAUUCACACCCAGUAAACCACCCCUGGGCUGUGCUGUAGGCAACAUCGUUUUUAACUCUUUGAGGAAUGAAGUGUAUGCACAAAUCUUGUAACUAUUGGAUAAACAACCUUGUCUUAGGGCAUGUGCAUGCUGAGCAGAUGUGCGGAUAUAAAUUAUAUAGAGUAACUAGUCGGACUGACGUUUGCAGUAUAUAGAUCUGCACUUUGGCUGUUCAUGAACUCCUCCUUGAGACGCGUGAUAUGCUGAAACCUUGAAGCUUUCCUGUUUUUCAUUAACAAAGUAUGCAUGAAUCCUCCUGUGCAAAAUGAUUAGCGCCAUGUAUGUUUGAUGCCAUUAUCUAAGCAUUCUUGGAAAUACCUUUCAUGACACGCUAUGCAGUUUAAUAGCCCGACAUAAUGAAUCUAGACCUUUGAUCAGUGAGAUCAUGCAAAAUGCUCUUUUUUAUUUUAUUUUAUUUUUUACUUAUUUAUAAAGCAGAAGCUAUUCUGUAAGCUAGUGUGGACAAACUUUAACAUGUCUUCCCUGGAAUUCCUCUUUGCUGUAAUGGUCACCCAUUACAUGCACGUUUACAGUAUGCUGUGAAAAAGGUGUUUUUUUUUUGUUUUGUUUUGUUUUUUUAAAUAGUUUACAUUUUUACAUUUUAUUAUUUAUUCAUAUUAUUAGUAUUUUAUUUUGCCCAUAUGUCCUUUAUGCACAUUUUCCUGUUUGAGUAACAAAACAUAAAAUCGGAAGCUUCUAAACCUGGAAUGGACAAUGCAUGCCAUUCCAGAUGUUUAAAAUUACAUCCCUCUUGAAGCAUCUAGAGAGUUGUAGUUAUCAGCAUCUGUAGUUGUUGAUAAUUAUACCUCUGUUUUAAACUGAUACAAUUCAUUUUAAAAUAUUGCUUAUUCGUGUGGGUUGAGAUUUUGUUUAGUGCGGCAGAGACCAUAUCCCAGGAGUCUCAUAGGAAAACAAUAACUCCUCUCUUUGCUGUUGUUUUUCCCGUAGGAUAUCCAGGUAUCAGUCGAACCACACAAUAUUGUAAUUCUUUUAAUUCUAUAUUCAUGACACCAAUCCACUCAGUACUUCUCAAGUGCAAAUUAAUUACUAACAUCCACAAGGACUCUGUUAAAUACCAGGAAUGCACAUUUGUAAUCUUUUUGUAUACCAUUUUAUCUCAAAUCCCAUUAAAUGUUUGUUGCAUGAUUUUUCAUAGUAUAUGCUUAAUUACAAAGUUCAGGUAAUUCACAGCAGAUUUCCAAAAAAGGAAUUUAUUUUUUUUGGUUAAUGUUUUGGUACCUGGAGCAGUCUUUUGCAGGUGAUGACAGUGUGUAAAGACAUCUAGUAAGAAGCAUGCAAAAGUAGUUUGUUAAUACUAUACUCUGUGAUUCUACGUACAGUAAUUGGGAGAUGUAGUUCUUGGAAUCCGUGGGUGUCGGAUCCCGUAACUGUUGGUUCAUCGUAUAGGAGUGAUUCACUGCCUCCAUUUAAGAAAAAGGGGUGGGUUGGAUCUACUUCUAUGCGCCACUUCAUGCCAUGCCAGGGGUAGCUGGAAGUGAUAAACUGAGAGCAUAAGCUUAUUGCUGUCAGCCAAACACUGCUCAAAUCAAUGGUAUGGUGAAAGGGGUUGAGCUGCAGGUGGCCAGGGAUUGAGAAUUUCUGUUAAACCGUGAGUAAGCCAUUAGAGGUGGUUAAUUAUACCUGUAUAUUAAGGGUCUAAAAUUAGUUGUGCUAUACUACUAGCCAGGCCUGAAACGUUAUUCACCACUGUUAUCGAUAGUAUACCAUCCAGGGGUGAAUUUUUACUAGCCAGGGCUAAAUUUUCACUUUCCAAUCGAUAGCGGAAAUUCUGAGCCCUGAUUUAUUGCAUAGUUUUACUUGUUGAAAUGCACAGAUGGAAGACACACAGCUGAAGUCAUAUUACCCUGAGUUGAGAGGCUACUAGCCUUACAGUUUGCACUUACAUAAUUUCUGUAUUAUUGGUCCUUUACACCUUUCAUUUGAUAGGUAUAUGGCAGUGAUGGCGAAUUUGGUACCCCAGAUACUAUCCUACUUUUCACACAUUGCAUGGUUUUUGCCUGUGAUUGCCAACUUACAGCUCUCCACCUGAUGUAAGCUUUGCGGGAGCUGGAGAUCUGCAGGCGAUUUGUAACUGGUGUGAAGAAAACCAAUGUGUGAUCCUUUGAUCACAGAUUAGAUUCCGGGGGUGCUUCUCAUGUUGUGUUGGUGUUAGUCCUGCAAAAUAUGCACUUAAAAUCAGUGCUUUCAAGGUGAACCUGCUGUGAAUUUACUUGUCUUAUUUACCUCUAACUUUAUUUGAUUAACACCAACCUGUAUCAACUAAUGGUGAUCCUAGGGAGAGGGAUUGGUGAAGGCCCCUGGUUUGUAUUUUUCUGUGCUCACUGGCUGCGUCCUGCGCCUGAAUUGUCCGCUUCCCAUUACUAACAAGAGGUUGGUUGUUUUCCCUCCCCUGCUUUGCAUUCGUUCUUCGGUUACAUACUAGCUCUUCAUACAGAUACAGCUGCCGGUCUGCUCAAGCGCAGUAUUCAUCUGGUCACCCAGAGGCUCAACUCUCAGUGGAGGUCGGACAUGAGCAUUUCAUUAGCAGCCUUAGAACUACUGUCCGGUUUGGCCAAGGUGAGUGCCGACUCAGUGCUGAUCAAGGCUUUGCAAAUUCAGUUGUAGUAUUUAUUUAGAAGCACUUAUAAAAACUUAAUGGCUACUAUAAAAUAUCGAUUAUUUUCAUGUAACAAGUUAAGCGUAUGAUAGAAUAGAUGGCCCAUUCGUCAUAUAUAGUUUUUUGCUUUUAAGUGCAAUUCAAAUUGUAUUGAACCUUUUAAAAUGUACAACAAAGAGAUUAUCACUGUGAAUCACCUUAGAUCUGAAAGUGUUAAAGUACAUAUUUGAGCUUACUGGUGGUAAAAAGGCUGAUAUAAAAUAAAUUCGUAAAAUACACGUAAGUCCUCCAACAAUAUCAGAGACUCAGAAAUUAUAAGAUGUUGUGUUAGUAUCGAUCCAAGGGACACACAUUUAAGAAUACUCGGGUAGGUAUUAACUGCUGCUGUCGUUUUCUCUAUUUGGUCAGUUCCCUGCUAGCAGAUUGUAGUCUCUUUCUAAAAUGCAGUUUUUUGGUUAGUUAAGGAAAAGGUAAAACCUAGUGACGGCAUAAAGGUUGACUUUUACUCUGUCUUCUUUGGUCUGAGUGUAUUCAUUUAAUCCAUUAGGGCCCAAUGACAUGCCAGGCAUGGGGCUAAAUUGUAUAGUUGUGUUUUGUUUAACUCACUUCAGCAAGCUCUACUCUAUUCCUUCUCUCCUUCACAGGUAAAGGUUGCUAUAGACUCCUCAGACAGGAAGGGAGCUGUGAGUUCUGUAUGUACAUACAUUGUAUACCAGUGUUCACGACCAGCCCCACAUCACUCCCGCGAUCUGCACUCCAUGAUUGUAGCUGCAUUCCAGUGCCUGUGUGUCUGGCUCACAGAGCAUCCAGACAUGUUAAAUGAAAAGGUGACUAAUUGUGUUUGCAUUAACAUCUGUGGGGUGUGCGCUAAAUGUGUGCAAUAAAGUGUAAGAGGAGUAUGCUGCUUGAACUAUUCCUACUGCACUAUGUAACCUACUCUAUGGAUCCCACUGGUUCCUAUACUUCCUCAUAAUGUUCCAUUUACCUCUCCAUACAACGCAUUAUAUUGCUCCAUUUAUCCAUAUAAACCUUCAUAUUGCUCUGUCUACCUCUCCCUAUAACUCCUCAUAUUGCGCCAAUAACCUUUCCCAGUAACUGCUCAUAUUGCUCUAUGUACCUCUCCCCAUAGCUCCUCCACUCAUAUUACUCUCUUCUUCUCUAUCUGACUCUCUUUAGUACACAUGAUGCACUGCUCUAUAAUACUUCCUAUUAGUCUAAAGAAUUGUUGAUUUAGCAUUCCUGAUUCUUUAAUGAAACCUCACGCAAAUGUUAAACCACCCUUUCUGUAGGACUGCUUAAAGGAGGUGUUGGAGAUUGUAGAAUUGGGUAUUUCUGGCAGCAAGUCAAAAACAUCUGAGCAGCAGGAGGUACGUUAUAAAGGUGACAAGGAGCACAAUCCAGCCUCUAUGAGGGUGAAGGAUGCUGCAGAAGCCACAUUAACAUGGUAAGUGCUCCUAUACUUCGGUUCUAAGCACUGGUAGAUUAUGGCCACGGGCAAACUAAUAUUUAUGCUUUUGAGUUUGUGAUGUCAAGUUUUGCUUGUAUAAACAUAUAGAUAUGUCAAAAUACAUGUACAGGUUUUACAGUUUUUUUUAUUUUUUUAUUAUUAGUUAUAUAUUUUUUAUUAUCCGCUAUCGAUCGUAAUUUAAAUUGCCAUAUGAUAAAAGGCAGCAAGUGCACGCCAACUUGAGUGCACAUAUGACUGCAAAAAAAUAUUUGAUUAUAUAUUUUUUCUUCUUCUUCUUCAACCCUAUAGUUUUCAUUACUCAAUUUCUCUAUAUUCUCUACAUUCUUGCUGUACUAAACAUACUCUAUAACUUCAUAUGGAAGGUUUAAGGGAUCAUUAACCUUUUAAAAGGAACAUGAAGAAACUUUCCUGGGCUUGAGAAUGUGAAAAUGAUCUCUCCAGCCAUAAGACGCUACUUUGUGGUGUACUACAUUUUUUCUGAAAUACAGAUGUUUACCAAAAUCAAAUUGCAAGUCUUAUGCUACUAGCCAAGCUUUAAAUGCUACUUGCCACUGCAAGCCUGAAAAAUCUGUGGCCUUUCAUAAAGGAAGAAUUUGUAUUGGCCAGUGUUAAAUUUGCACUCGACGAUGGUUACCGAUGAGUGGACAUUUUGAUCCCUGCCAUAGUUAUAGUGUGAUGAAUGUAACGGUUUGCUCUUCUUUCUGACCUGCUUCGUAGUAUCAUGCAGUUGCUUGGGGCAUUUCCACCUCCCAGUGGUCCAGCCUCCCCUUGCAGCCUAGUGAAUGAGAGGACCCUGAUUACCUACUCCCGGCUGCCCACUGUGAGCAAGUAUAGCUUCCGCUAUUUUGUCCUGGACAACAGUGUCAUCCUAGCAAUGUUGGAACAACCACUUGGCAACGAACAGAGUAAGAAGACCAUUCCAUGUUGGUAGUUUGACUACUUAGACUGCUUAAGCAAAUAGUACUGUGACGUCCUGUGUGUGGGUUCAGAGAUCCCUUUAUCCACACAACCCAGUAGUUAAAAACUGCUAAAUGUCGUCUGUAGCAGAACAAAAACUUGCAGGUUCUAUUAAAAGGGAAAGAACCACAGAACAUGAUCGGAUUAAGUGAUCUUUUAAAAAGAUUAUUUGGAUUAUUUUAACAAAUGAAAACUGAAUGCUUUUGUCAAAAUGAAUGCGGUUUCACAGCUAGCAGCUGCCUCUCAUGGUUACUCACUAAAGUGGGAAUUGUUGAGAAUUUAAAUUGAAUUUAAUGCCAAUUUAGCAUUUCCUUAAGUUUGUAAUUUACUUAAAAUUCCUGACCAUUUUCACUUUAGUAAAAUAUCCUGUUAGUGUCAAGGUUAUGCACUAAUCUAAAGUUUAAAUUGUUAGGAAUUCAUGGUAAAUUUCCACUUUAAAAUUCAGUAUCCGUCCACCGCUGCCAUGUUAGAAGCAUACGUUCAGAACUUCAUAUGUAGUACAUUUCAUUCUGCUGAUUACAUGUUAAGUGGGUUUUACUGAAGAAGCACAUUGUAAACAGACUGACUUUAAAAACCAAAACAUCCUUAGCAAGAAUCAGAUACUCCAGCAAAUUAACGAAGUAUUAAGGCAUUGUGCAAUGCAUAUUGUACAUACAAAAACAUAGGCGUAAUCUAACAUUCAAGUUGCACCAACAUUUCAAUGUUUUUAAAGCAACAUUUUAAAUUUGGUUGGCUGUGUUGCUAUAAGCCAUUUAUUGGCAGUUUUGCCAGAUCACUUUGGCGUGCGUGCGUGCUUAUCUUGCUUAAUUCAUCCAUUGAGAUGUCUGACAGUCUGUGAGAUAGAGAUUAAAUAGACUUUUUCCUUCUUGUUUUGAUUUGGCAGGCAAUCCCAGUCCAUCCAUCACUGUUCUGAUUCGAGGUAUGUCAGGACGCCACGCCUGGUCCAUGCAACUGUGUCACCUUCCCAGAGCAGCAAGAGCCAGUCAGAGGGUAAAUAAUACUCAAUUAGAUACUGAUCUUUGGAUAUUAAUUACUUUUUUAUUUUUUUUGUUUUGUUUUGCUGCAAAUUAAAAUUAAUAGCAACUUUUUACAACCAUAUGCUUUGCAAGCAGAAAUUGCACUCUCUGAGCGUACAUUGGUUAUUCACCAAAAGUAUGUGUGAAAAUCAGACACUAAAGCUAAAGGCAAUACAGUGGUAACAAAUCUGGACAUUAGUUCAGAACAAUGCAGUGUGUGUAUUAAAAUGUAUUUAUUUUAUUUUUUUAAAUUUGGGCAUGUCCUGAAUCUUGCAUGUAGGAUCCAGAUAUUUAGCCAGCAUUGCAAAAUUACCAACUUAUCUCUGAACAGGGAUCUUAUUAAAAUAGAUUUGAUUGCAUCUUACCGACAAAUCGUUCUUUAACUAAUUUGGAUCCUCUGUUAACCAAGAGGUACCCAAAUAUGUGGUCAUUCCUAUUGUUAAGACCAUAGGGAGCAGUGUGAAUGUUAAUAAUAGAGUGAAAUAAUAUUGUACAGCAACUCAGCUCAUGUGUUCUCCCCUAGCUUUCCUCUGCUUCCCCCUCGCUGUGUGCACACUUUCAAAGCUUGUGUUUGAGAAGCAGAGGCUUCUCAACUAGAAGUUUGCGCUAGGGAAAAAGUGUAGGGACUGCAAAGGCCGCAGACAUACGGACUGCAGCUUCUGCAAGCUGUGUUUAAAUAUACCCCCAAACACAAAAUGCAUAACUAAAAUGCUUGUUUGUUUUUCUUUAGAGGUACUAAAUGGGGAUUUUAUUUUUAGUGUGGAGUGUUCAUGUUUUAGUCAUCACUGCACAUGUUAACCCUUCUGUUACCUCACUAAUCAAAAACUGCCAUCUUGCUAGAAUCGUUCUUAUAUUGAAUGAGUUUUCUGUGUGUAUGUAUAUGUAUGUAUGUAUAUAUAUCUCUUUCUCCCUAUCAGAUGUUUAUUCCCGAGAGCAGGCCGGAGCCAAAAAGCAAUGUUGGCAUUAAGUACAAUGUGAAGCAUCGUCCAUUUCCAGAAGAGGUGGAUAAGAUCCCCUUUGUUAAAGCUGACCUAAGCAUUCCCGACUUGCAUGAGAUUGUUACAGAAGAGGUAAGUGCAGCUUCCCUAGCCAGUAUAGACACACAUCUGCUAGAUCUAUUAAAAUUACAAAAUAGUGUACGCAUGCAGUGACUAAGCACAGGACGGGUCUUGAACCCAUUGGGAGGGAGCAAGCCCAGGUCUAACACUAUGGAUAACAUGUUAUUGAAAUAUUAUUGUAAUGUAAUAUACCAUGUAACGGCGGUUAUGAUGUAUACUAUAUGUGAGAGCAUGUGAUGUACUGCCAUACCUCCCCUCUCUUCUGUAUCCCAUAUACCCACAUUAUUGAAAAAUAAAAAUUGUCAAAUUGGAAAAAAAAUUACAAAAUAGUAUUCAUAGAAGCCUGGAAAUAGUUGCUAGUAAGGUUAAUGAAAUGCAUAGUCCAGCUGUCAACUGAAGGCUCACCAUUCACAUCCAAAUAAGACGAUUUUGCAGUCUACAAAAAAAUCCUAACAAUUCGACCCUUCGAUUAUAAAUUAAAUCCCAGUUGCAAAUUGCAUUUCCAAAAGCAGGGAGACCAUUGUCUCCUUAUGCUGUAAGCUUAAACAGUGGGCAGAAAGAGCUUUUUAAUUCCAGUGCAGUGACCAGUCAAGAUGCAGGCGUGUAAUAUUUAUGACACUGAUUUUUUACUUUUUAAUCAGUACUAUAAAUUAUUUGGAGCGCAAAUGAAGUAAAAUCCCGGUAGUAAUUCAGAUAUGGGUGACAUGUUUAAUCACUGUCAGAAUCCUCAUUCAUCUCUAUAGCAGCUAAUCAGUCAGUGAUCAGGAUCUGUGUAGAUUGAUUACUGUUAAACUGAAAAUGGCAUCAGUACAGAGUACAGUAUCUCCCUUGGCACUGCCACGAUCCCCUCCUUGGGUUGCGUCAUCCUGGCAGUAUGCUUGCAGUUGUGAAUCUACAAAUAGUACAAUGAGGAAUCCGCUCCAGCUGAUAGAAGGGAGCCCCAAGUAUCCAUUGAUACCAGUUUUUCCAAAUGUGAGCAGGGGUUUAACUCUGAUCACACUACAUUUUAAUAUGAAAGAGCUGUAUUUUGAUCUCACUUUGACAGGUUAGCUGCAUGCAGUCUGGGGCCACUAAAAAUGGCCACAGCUGUAAGAGGGGAGCCCCUGGAAUCUAUUGAUUUCUGGGAUUCCUGGUGUGAGAAGGGAUCUAACUAUACUAAAACCACGAUCUAGUUAAAGGCAUUUAAAUGCCUAUUUAAACAGCUGUUUGUAGCUCUGAUUUUCAGCACUGCAAAGAACUCAUCAAAAAGUCCUGGGCCACAAAAAAUUACCCAAAGUGACACAGGGGACCCCCAUGUAUCCAUUAAUACCUGGAAAACUCUGGUUUAGCAGGGAUUUAACCCUUCUCACACCAAAUCUGUCAAUAAGCCCUAAAGGCAUUAAACCCUAUUAUAGUUAAAAAAAAUAAUAAUAAUUACAUGUCCUUAAGGUGUUAAACCAUUUGUGAUCCCAGAGUGCAACCCAUUGGCCAAGGAAAGAGAAAAACUUACUGUAAGAUUAGCAAGUACUCCAAAUGUCUUUCACAUUAUAGAGGUGGUUUGUAAUUCCCUCCGCAAAUGGACCUCGCUAUUUGCUCUUAGACAAGUAUGCACUCAUAACAGUUUAUGCUAUGUUCUUUGUCUGGUUUUAUCAGUUAGAAUUAAGGCAUGAAAAGCUGAGACUUGGAAUGUCAAACCAAAUCCAAUAUGAGACAACAUUGAACAAGGCGAAAGAGGAGGAAUGGAGAAAGAAAAACUAUCCAGACCCAGUCACUGAGUGCAAGCCCCCAUCUCCAGCACAGGAGUUCCAGACUGCACGCUUGCUGCUUUCACACUUUGGAUUCCUGUCUCUUGAAGCACUGAAGGUAAGCAUCAAGCAGGUCAUUAAGGCUAUGACUGGUUAGAUAAAUUACUUAAAUGACAUUCGAUGAUGGCCUUUAAAAUCUUAAUUUUUUGUGUGUGUUAACAUAAACUAAUGCAGAUUUGCCUGCUCAGUUUCCAGGCUAACUCAUAUUUCGAUGUUUGUGUUGGACAGUGUACAAUCAGUUCUUAAAAGCUUUGGGGACACAGUGAGCAGAUCUGGCAAUCUGCACAAUCAAAAAUGCAAGAAGUUUCAGAGCAUUAUGGGGGAGGAUUAAGCUGUGCAUCCACAAACCACAUGCAGCCUUUACUUGCUGGUCUGUUUAGACGAGAUAAUAUGCAAGUAGGGAAGCCUAUGUUUUCAGCAUUUGCGAAUUGAAUAUAAUUAACAUAUCUAGACCAGUUGCUAACAAAUGCAAAACAUGUCUGUAUUGGUGGCAUCUUAUGCUGAAACAUGGCAUUAACAGGGUCUUUUCCCCAAUAUGUUGACUAGAGUAACCUUUUAACAGAUUGCAUGAAGAUAUUGCGUAGCUUAUGGCCUAUGUUGUUUUGUUACCUGAACUGUGAAAACAUAUUUGUGUGAUGGGAUAAACGCUCGCUCUCUCUCUCUCCCUCUCUCUCCCCCUACGUCAAAGUACCCCAUAUUCGGCAGUUCCUAUCCUAGUAGCAGCCUAAUGCUUGCUCUUAUGAGAUUAAUCCACUUACUUGGGAAAUACUUCCUUACUGGGACUCUCUGCAAGUCAAGGCUAAAUAGGGUCCUGGAAUGAGGCACCUGUAACAGGGAGGGGUGCAAAACCAAGGAGUUGGCCUGGGACUCCCAAAUAUAUAAAGGAAACCAAGAGGGCUGCACUCACCUGAACAUGUUGAGUUUUAAUCUCAUAAGAGCAAGCAUUAGGCUGCUACUAGGAUAGGACCUGCCAAAUAUGGGGUACUUUGACGUAGUUGGCAGGCUUAUGCAAUGUAUGAUCAUAUAAUGUAACUAAACCCCCAUAAUUUUUUGCCUAGGUGAGGUGUUUUUAAAUAAAACUAUUACAAUCUCUAAGAUUUGAAAUCAUUGUUUAGUGAAUAAGCAAGUGUGCUGGAUUCUGUAUUUUGUAUAUUUUGGCCCCAGCAGCACCCUAUAAUGUAUGCAUGUUCAGGUGAGUGCAACCUUCUUGGUUUUAUAUAUUUUUUUUAUAUAUAUAUAAUAUAUUUAUUUAUUUUAACAUUUUUUAUUUUUAUUUUUAUUUUCGCAAAUAUUACAUAUGUUGCAAGUAGACGGUGGGAAUGCACCGUUCAAACAGUUUGCUACAGAAAAGAGAAGGGGGGAAACAGGGGUGAUGCAGAACAAAGAUAUCGUUAUCAGAGUCAUAUUACAGGGUAGUAGCAUUGUGUGCACGUCUUGCGUGGUGUUGGGGUCGCUCUCCUGGAGCCCUCCAGGUGUUAGGUGGGAGUUGGAAAUUCGAUGAGCCAUGGGUCCCAUAUCUUGUCGCAAUGUAUGAUUGUCAUGAAUAAGAGCUGACUUGCUGUUCAUUUUCCUAGCUUUGUCCAUUUUUUUUAAUUUUUAUUUUUUUACGUCGUCUAUAGUCGGGACUGUGAGUACGCCUCAGUGUGUGGCAAUGGAUCUUCUGGUCAUUAAGGCUUGUUUGACCAGUAACUUGCUUUGUGCUCUGGGUGUGUCUUUCAGCGGUUUAGAAAGCAGCCACGGCCAGGGGUCCCCGGGUAUGGUAGUCAAAACUGACCAUAGUUGUGUUAUGUGUUGGCAGUCCCACCAAAGGUGAUAGUAUGUCUCCUUUUGCCCGCAUCUCUUCCAGGACCGGUCUGAUGUGGAGAGUCUCAUCUGUUUUAACUUUAGGGGAGUGUGAUACCACCGCAUUAGUGUCUUAUAGGCCUGUUCUUUGUGAUUAACACAGAUGGUAACUGUUGCCCUGGCAUCCCAGUUGGCUGUCCAAUCCAUGGGGUCAUCGGGAGGCCCAGGUCCCUCUCCCAAGCUGAGACGUAAGACAGUUGUGUGGUUUGGGUCACUUUGACCAGUAGGGAGUACGUCAUGGAGAUUUAAUUUUUCUGUAUGUGGUUGUGGAUGCAUGUUUGUUCGAAAGCACUGAGGGGGGUUUGCCCUGUUCUUUUAUAUUCAGUGGUGUCUAUGAAAUGUCUUAUCUGGAGGCAUCAGAAGUGGUUGUAUGUAGUGAGUGGUGUCUGAGUAACUAUUUUUAUUCUUAUUUAUUGAUUUAGAACUUUAAAGUCUGUUUUUCCUUGUAUUUUGGUCAAAUUUUAUAAUCUAAACAUCCAAACCUUUUCUGAUUUUUAGGAGUCUACAAAUAGUCGUCUACCUCCUCACCUCAUUGCACUUGACUCACACAUGCCUGGUUUUUUUGAUGACAUUGGGUAUUUGGAUUUGUUGCCCUGCCGCCCUUUUGACACCGUUUUUAUCUUCUACAUGAAGGCUGGUCAGAAAACAAGCCAAGAGGUAUGGAAUAGUGUGUGUGUGUGUGUGUGUGUGUAAUCUCCCUUUAUAGUAUUGUAAAGCACUGCAGAAUAAUGUGCAGCUAUUUAAAUGUGAAUAAAUAUAAUAUCCUAUAUAUGGACUGCUUCUGUGAGAAAUUUUGUAUGCUGGUUAUGUCUUUUUGUUAUACUGGACAUUCUGCUUGACUUUAACCCCUUCAGGACGGGUGACGGACGAGGUCCGUCACGCAGGGGAGACCCUUAACGACGGGUGACGGACCUCGUCCGUCACGCGGUAAAAUUAACCCCGGAUCGCCGCUAUCGCGGCGAUCGCGGGGUUAAUGGUGCUCCCGGUAUGCCUCUGCAUUAGAGGCAUACCGGGAGCACCCGGUCAAGCUGCCCAGCACAUGUGCUCGCUCUGACCACAAGUCUGAGCGAGCACAUGUGCUCAGUAUACUCACCUACCGGCUCCCUGCACUUCCGGGUUCUGUGUGAAGUGCAGGGAGCCGGAUCAGUGCUGAUCCUGCCCCCUGCUGUUAAAAAAAAUAAAGUUUAUUUAAAGUCCCCCCCCCCUUACCCAUUUUAAUAAAAAAAUUAACCCCUUCCCUGCCAAUUGAUCACUGACUACAGUGAUCAAUUGGCAGGGAUUACAUUUUACUAUGAUCUGAUUUUUUUUUUAACCCCUGAGGGUUAAUUCUUUUUUUUUUUAACCCUCAGGGGUUAAAUUAAUUAAAUUAAUUAAUUAAAUUAUUUUUAAGUUAUAUAUUUAGAUAGCUGGGGUAGGUGGAAGUUAGUGGGGAAUUGGGGGAUUUGACGUUAGGCUAACUAGGGGUUAACGUUAAAAAAAAGUUUUAAAAGAAACUUUAAAAAGUUAAAAAUUAAGCUUAAAAAAUGUUUUAAUAACAUUUAAGUAAUAAAAACAAAAAAAACACACUUUACCUAGUCCAAAUAAAAAUUAACCCCUUCCCUGCCAGUCGAUCACUGCCUACAGCGAUCAAAUAGAGAUCACAGUAUUAUACUGUGAUCUAAUUUUUUUUAACCCCUGAGGAUUAACUUUUAUUUAUUUUUUUAACCCUCAGGGGUUCAAUUUAUUUAAUUAAUUAAUUUAAAUAUUUUAUAACUAUAUAUUUUGCUAGCUGGGGUGGGUGGGAGUUAUGGGAAAAUGGGGAAUUUACUGUUAGUGCUGCGUACUGCUAGUUAGGGGUUAACAGUAAAAAAAAUAGCUUAGAAAAAUGUUAAAUCUGUAAAAAAGUUUUAAGAAAGUUUAGGAAAGUUUAAAAAAAAUUUAUAAGCAAAACAAAAGUUUAAAAACUAGUUUUUAAAAGUAAAAAAGUUAUAAAAAGUAAAAAAAUACAUUUUAAAAACGCUCAUUACCACUACACCUGGAACAAACUAGUGAAAAAAGUAUCCCACGCCAAGGUUCAAAAUAUGCCUUUUGAAUUACCCCAGGGUGUAUUCUUUAAUAAAUAGUAUGUGUUUGUGGGGAAGUUUCAAUAACCAACCGUCUAAACUAUUCCAAAUUGGAACAUGGACACAGCGUAAAACUUCAAAGUUAGAAAAAAACUGAAUGGCUGCGUCUCAAAUGCGCCCCUUCAACAUCCACAUAUACCUGGCAAAGGUACAUACGGGGGUAUUGCUGUACUCAGCCGACAUAGCUGAGCAACAUAUGAAGUAUUAUACAGUCAUAGUACACAUAAGGUUUGCAAAAUAUGCUGCGCAAACUCACUUUGUAUGUCAAAAAGGCAGAAAAAAUGCUUAUUACCACUACACUUGGUACAAGCUAGCGGAAAAAUGAUCCCACGCUAAGGUUCAAAAUAUGCCUUUUGAAAUACCCUGGGAUGUCUUCUUUAAGAAAUGGUAUGGCUUUAUGGGGAAUUUGGAUUAUAUAGCCUGGUAAAAUACUCUAAAAUGGGACAUAGGCACAGCAUAAAAAUUCAAAGUUUGAAAAAAACUGGAAUGGCUGUGUCCCAAAUGUGCCCCUCCGAUGUCCACACAUACCUGGCAAAGGUACAUACGGGGGUAUUGCUGUACUCAGCCGACAUAGCUGAGCAACAUAUGAAGUAUUAUACAGUCGUAGCACACAUAAGGUUUGCAAAAUAUACUGUGCAAACUCACUUUGUAUGUCAAAAAGGCAGAAAAAACGCUUAUUACCACUACAUCUGGUACAAGCUAGCGGAAAAAUGAUCCCACGCUAAGGUUCAAACUAUACCUUUUGAAACACCCUGGGGUGUCUACUUUAAGAAAUGGUAGGCCUUUGUGGGGUAGAUUGAAUUUAAAACCUGCGAAGAUGCUUGGAAAUUGCACAUAGGCCCAGCGUCAAAAUUCAAAGUUUGGUAAAAACGGAUAUGGCUUGGUCUCCUAUAUGGCACUGUAGCUUAACAAAAUAGUGACAAAGACAUUCAUUGGGGGUGUAUUUUUACUCCAAAGACUUAGCUGAGCAUAAUUUGGGAGGUUUGAACUUAGUGGCACAUAUGAAAUAUACAAAACGCCCAGCAAAAAUGCAAUCCGUAUGUAAAAAAUGCACAAAAUUUUUUUUUACCACAUACUUUGGCAUAUAUUGGUGAAAAAAUGGGGGCAUGUUAAGGCACAAUAUGCACCUUAUAAGAUACCCUGGAGUGUCUACUUUUACAAAUGGUAGGCCUUUGUGGGGGGUUUUUGAACAGUCAAACUGUUAUAAUACCCCAAAUGGAAGCUAAGGCUCAUUAAAUUCAUCUCUCAACAUUCUACUGUGAAUACUGAAAAGGACAGGUAUCCUGUAUGGCACUGUAACUUCACGAAAUAGUGCAAAAGACAUACAAUGGGGGUGUCAUUUUACUCAGCAGAUGUAACUGAACACAAAAUAAAACUUUGUACAGGAAUAGCACACACCAACUUUACAAAAUAUACACGAGAAUUUCUUUGUUAUAAGUUUGUGUGCCAAAAACCAAAAAGAACACAAUUUUACUCCAAUAUUUAGCAGAGGUUGGCGGUGAAAUGGCUACGUAGAAAGUGUCAAAACAACCUUAGGUAAAUAGCCCGUGAUGUCUACUUUAUAUAAAUAUAUACUUUUGUGUGGCAAUUUUGUUUUCUUUUAUGGCUAUUAAGCUUACAAGACAAACAUACCAAAUUCUAAAAUCGCUCCACAUUAAAAUUUUAUUUUACUCCUUGUGCUUUGUGACCUGUAACUACCAAAAAAAACUUAAAAUCCCAGACACAUUAUAUAUUCUGUAAAUCAGAACAAAUAAAUAAAUUUAUUUUUAAUUACUUUCCUUAACCUGCACUAAUUAUGCACACAUUAUUAUUGCAAAAACUGUAAAAAAAAACAAUAUUUUUCAUUUUUUUUGCAUUUUUCUGUAUUUUUUUAUAAUAAGUAAGCAUAUAUAUAUAUAUAUAUGUUAUAUCAAAUUAAAGCCCUUUCUGUCCUUUAAAAACAGUAUAUAAUAUGUGUCGGUGCAAUAAAUGAGAGAGAUGCAAAUUGCAGUUGAACGCAAACAGCAAGAAAAUGCAAAAAUUGCUUGUGUCAUUAAGCGUAAGUCAAGCUUCUGAAGCUGUGUCCUUAAGGGGUUAAAGUUCUAGUAAAUGUAAAUAAAGAUACCAAAGCUUUCUCAAGGAAAGAAAUAACUACAUUAUGGAGGGCAAAGUGAAGUUUGCAUCUGAACUGGCAGCUAAACAAAAACUGUUUUUGAAUAUUUAUGUACAGUCAAGUUUUUAUUGGUAUAUUGUGGUAAGGACGGCUAAUAUUUUCAUUGCUCAUUAUGAUCCAAUUCUAAUCCUUGCAUGCCAAAACUAAUGGAUAUAUGUGUAAAGGCUAAAAUAAGAGAUGUCAUUUCAGAUACUGAAGAAUGUGGAGUCUGCCAGUAAUGUUCAGCUGCACUUUCUGGAGUUCCUCCUCUCCUUGGGCUGGCCCGUGGACGUAGGGAAACACCCAGGGUGGACUGGUCAUGUUUCUACCAGCUGGUCAAUUAACUGCAAUGGGGAAAAUGACCAGCAAGAUCAAGGUAUGACAGUACUGCUGAGAAUAAAGGAUUAGCAAUAUAUAACAAGGGUGUGAGAAUGGCCAGUGCAAGACUAUUUACGCCCUAGGCAAGAUAGCUACUUGCCCCCAACCAAAAAAAUGCCAUCUUUUGUGUGUCUUUUUUUUUCUCCAAGCCCCAUUGUGUUUCUUUCCCCUGCCCCCAGCCACUUUGUAGGUCUCUUUCACCCCCUCUUUAGCCCUUUUGUGUGUCUCUCUCUCUCUCUCUCCCCCUCGUUAGCCCUUUUGUGGGUCUCUUUCUCUCCCCUCGUUAGCCCUUUGUGGGUCUCUUUCACUCGUCCUCGUUAGCCCCUUUGUGGGUCUCUUUCACUCGUCCUCGUUAGCCCCUUUGUGGGUCUCUUUCACUCGUCCUCGUUAGCCCCUUUGUGGGUCUCUUUCACUCGUCCUCGUUAGCCCCUUUGUUGGGUCUCUUUCUCUCCCCCUUUAUAGCCCCUUUGUGGGCUUCUUUCUCUCCCCCUUCCUAGUCCAUUUGUGGGUCUCUUUCUCCCCCUUCCUAGCCCCUUUGUGGGUCUCUUUCUCCCCCUUCCUAGCCCCUUUGUGGGUCUCUUUCUCCUCCUUCCUAGCCACUUUUGUUGGUCUCUUUCUCCCCUCUCCCCCAGCCCAUUUGUGGGACACUUUCUCCCCUCUCUCCCAGCCCAUUUGUGGGACACUUUCUCCCCCCUCCCCAGGCCCUCUGUGGGCUCACAGUUCGCAGCUCAGCCAUGCUGCAUGCAGUGAUCAGCAGAAGGGUAGUGCUGCGUUGUGCGCUCUCCUCCUGCCGGUCACCCGAACAUGCACCCCAUGGGCAGGUGCACCCUAGGUCACAGCAUAAUCCGCCUAGCAGUCGUGCCGGCUCUGGGUGUUAGGCCAUAUAUGUUGCAGAUCAUAAGAAUGUAGAUUCUACUAAAUUCGUGCAGGUGUUUUGUUUUUUUGUCUGAAGCGGAUAGCCUUGAUAUCCAAAUUCUUAUCAGAUUGUCAUCAUGGGUGUAUAGCAAGUCUUAUGGGUGAGUUAUGCAUUCUCAUCUCAAAUACACACACUAUACAUUUUAUAGACCUAAUUAAAUUCUAAUGCAGCUGUUACUAGAAUAAAAAUGGAGGUUUAAGGGGUAAACCUGUGCUUGAUUCAUCAAGGCUAGCAGGAAACAAUCCUGAAUACUAGAGACAACAAACAUCUGCAUUUUAUCUAGAAUAAACUGGAAUAUUUAACUAUUGCAUUGCAAAACAGGAAAUGCAUAUUAUCCUACUGUGUGCCAUUAUCAUGCUUCUUCAGUAGAGUGAAUUAGCACUUCCAACUUGAAAUGGGUAGUUCCCACAUAAUCUCUAUCUGAAAAACCCAUCAAUAUGUUACAUUUAUAGAGGGGUUUAUUUGAUUAAUAUUAAACAAUAACUACAACAUGGAGUGCAUUAUUUUGAAAUAUAGUUGAUGGAAAGUGGCAAUGUUUACAGAUGCAUGCUAUAGGAUUAAAUCCCCAGUCAUUUUUAAGUCCCAGGUGCAAUCUGCUGGUAAUUUUGUGUUACAAUGAAAGUUCAGAAUAAUGGUUCCACAGUUAGAGGAACACUAUAUAUUAUUGUUAGUAAUACAGUUUUUGUGUUCCUAACACUAUAGUGUUUUUUUAAUAUAUUGAUGUUUCUGCUUUUGUCACAUGAUGAUUGGUAACUUCCAGCGUGAAUUGCAGUUAGUGAUCUGCUCCUUGUUCACAAAACUGGCUAGUCCAUGUAUAUUAUUUGUGCAACUAAAGCUGUGAUUUAUUUUCAGAGGAUGUUACUUCCACAAAUGAAACCGGUGGAAGUGUUUUCAAUGGAGAGAAGAAAGUUUUAUACUACGCGGAUGCAUUGACCGAGAUUGCAUUUGUUGUUCCAUCCCCCACAGAGUCUCUGCGUCAGUAUUUUCAUCCAACAUUUUAUCUUGAUUGUCUCAAAAACCAAUGUCCUAUCUAUAAAUGUUUUAUAUGCAUGUUUUCCUUUAUUUAAUAAAUUUGCUAUUCUAAGAUUGAAAUGUGCUGUUAGGCUAAUGGAUUUUAUUUGGGGUAAGAAAGCACUGUACUGAAAAUACUCUAUAUGGACAAAAGUAUUGGUACAUACCUCUUCAUUAUUGUAUUCAGUUGUUUCUAUGAGACUCAUUGCCAAAGUGUAUAAAAUCAAGCCCCUAGCCUUGCAAUCUGCUUUUAAUUACAUUUGUGAUAAAAAUAGGUCAUUCUGAAGAGCUUGGUCGCCACAUUUGCAAUGAGUCAGUCAGUUUGUGAUAUUUCUUCUCUGCUAAAUAUUCCAGUCAGUUGUGAGUUGUAUUAUUGCAAAGUGGAAGCGUUUAGAAACAGCAACUCUGCCAUGAAACAGAAGAUCACAUAAAGACACAGAGCGGUGUGUCGUAAAAAAUGGUACGUAAAAAAUUGCCAACACGCUGAUACCAUAGUUGAAGAGUUCCAAACAUCUGCUGCCUAUGCAGCUGCAUGCAAGCCUCACAUCACAAAGUACAAUGCUAAGCAUCGGUUCGAGUGGUGUAAAGUACACCAGCACUGAACUCUGGAGCAGUGAAAACAUUCUUUGGAGUGACAAAUCACGCUUCUCUGUUUGGCAGUCUGAUGGGCGAGUCUGGAUUUGGCAGGUGCCAGGAGAACAUUACCUGACAGCCUAGUUUAAAGUUUGGAGGAGGAGGUAAAUGUACAGGGGUGUUUUUCAGGGGUUACUUGCAGUUAAGGGAAAUUGUUUUUUACGAAAAUAAGCCAUAGCUGUAAUAUAAGCCCUACCCUGAAAAUAAGCCCAGUUGCUAGUUCGCUAAUCUAUGUUCGGGGAAGUUUCCACUGAAAAUAGAUUUGUAGGAUUCCCUGCGCUAGUAAGCUAAUCUAUGUUCAGGGAAGUUUUCCCAAACAUAGAUUUGCGGGAUUUCAUGCCCUAGUGAACUUGUCUAUGUUUGGGAGAAUUUCCCUGAACAUAGACCUGCUUUCUUGCACAUGCUUGCUAAUUUUUUCCCCACGAAAAUAGGCGCUAAUGCGUUUUUCGGGGCAAAAAUUAAUAUGACUCUGUCUUAUUUUCUUGGGUGAACAUCAGUUUUAAUACUUCAGGAUAUCAAAACAUUUUGGACAAUGCUAAGUUUCCAACUUUGUGGGAAUGGUUUGGGGAAGGCACUUUUCAAUUCCAGCAUGACUUGCCCCAGUGCAGAAAGCAAGGUGCAUACAGACUUGGUUGGAUGAGUUUGGUGUGGAAGAACUUGAUUAGUUUUUACAGAGCCCUGACCUCAACCACAUCAAACACCUUUGCAAUGAACUGGAAUGGAAAUCAUGAGCCAAGCCUUCUCAUACAACAUCAAUGCCUGACCUCACAAAUGCUCUACUGGAUGAAUGGGCAACAAUCUCCACAGAAACACUCUAAAAUCUUGUGGAAAGCCUUCCCAGAAGAGUGAAAGCUGCAACAUCAUAUUAAGGUCUAUGUAUUUAGAAUGCAAUGUAAUAAAAGUCUGUGUUGGCGUAAUGAUCAAAUUUUCCAGUACUUUUGUCCAUAUAGUGUAUAUUGGUUUAUAUACUGUAUGUUGAAAGAGAGAGAAAAUUGGUUUGUUUUUACUAGGGAUGUGCCAAAAAUGGGUCAAGUCUGCCAAAAAUCGAGUGGGAAUUUUUUAUUUCGGUGCAUCCCUAGUUUUUACAUUGUAAUGCUACCCUCACCGCAAAUAAGUCUGCCGUAGUAUAAACUAAUUAAUGCUUUGCUUUUUUAAUUCAAAGCGGACUCCUUGGACUGUACUGUGUCUGAAACUGAUGGAGACUCAAAUAUGGAUCUUCUGCCUGGGAUACUAAAGCAACCUCUAACCCUUGAACUAUUCCCUAAUCACACAGAAACCCUGAACUCUGCACAUCGGGUAAAAUAAAAAGAAUUUAAGUGAAUUUUUUUUUUUUCUUCCAUUUUUCAGUUCAUGGCUUCUUUCUAGAUAUUUGUACCACCAUUGAGAAGGGAGAAGCAUUAUUAGCCAACUGUAGUGGUUUUGAUGCUCAGUGUCACUUUGAAGACAUUCUGUGCAUGCUGCCACUAUUACAGAAAAAGAAAAUAUUUAUCGACCAGUUUCUUUCCAAAUAGUGGCCGCACGUGUGGACUAAUCCUUCAUUCCAAAUCUGUUUCUUUAAUUGUUCAACCUUUUGGGUCUCAUUAAAUCAUAAGUGUGUAAAAAAUAGUAGUGUUGGCAUUUCUAGGUGUGUUCUUCAUAUUGGAGGAGCCUAGAAAACCGAUCAUUAUGGACUAUCUUGCACUGUUACAAAUGAUGAGAAGUGUAUUAGUAAGCAUAAAACCUUAUUUUAAAGAUCACAAUACAUGUUUCUUUUCUUUGUCUAGCUGAGUCCAACAUCUCGCACUAAGAAAUUACCACAGGGACGCACAGUUCCUCCCAUGGGUCCAGAGACCAAGGUGGCAGUUGUGUGGCUAGAGCAGUAUGAUGAUUUAGGUAUGGACACUCUGCAGAACUUAGACUGUAUGCUGGUUCCUAGAUCUUCAUACAUCAUUUAAAAUGGCACGCUUCCUAUAAAAUAUCUACCUUAUGGACAUAUACACAUUUCAUUACUUUGUGGAUAAUGGUCAGGUAAAACCAAUCUGGUAAUACUAUUGUGUUUUCUUUUUUUGUCUCUCUACCCCCUGUCCAUGUAGACAACUUCCCAUUGUCUGACCUGGUGGCAGAAACCAGCACUGGGAUUGAAACCACUACAAACAGCAGCACCUCUCUCAAGUAAGAGUCAAAACAUCAUGUUGUUCUUGGUAUAUUGUACUGGGGCUUUUAGUUUAAAUGUUUUCUGUUUGUUUUUCAGAAACAGUGCACCUGAGAAAGAAGUGCCAGUGAUAUUCAUCCACCCCUUGUACACUGGUCUUUUUCGUGUCAAGGUGCAUGGAGCUUCGGGGAAAUUUAACAUGGUGAUUCCCUUGGUCGAUGGAAUGGUGGUUAGCAGAAGAGCCUUGGGUGACUUGUUUUUUCUUUCUUAGGGGGGUGGGGGAAGAGAGUGGGGAAAGGAUCCCAUGCUGUCUUUUAUAAUCAUCCUAUCAUUCAAUGGUCAUCCCAAGUUUCAGUCUGCCUUCUAGCUAUAAUUAUCUCAAUCUCUGUCUCCUACAUUAAAUGUAUUGCCUCCUUAUUUCUUCUUCUAGGUAGUUGGUGUUUGAGUUCCUUUUCAGAAUUGUCUUGCCUCCCAUCUGACAAACGCGGUUAAAUCUAAGUCAAAUCUGAGAAAAGUCAAAUACUUCAAACUCAUAAAUAGAAAAUUAGACCAGUUCUUCUAUGGGUUUUCAUAGUCCAACUGAACAUGUUUUUCGUUCUUAUUUUUAGGCUUUUUAGUAAGACAGACAGUCAUCAAUAUAUGCCGGAGGAAAAGAUUAGAAAGUGACUCCUACAACCCCCCACAUGUGCGACGAAAGCAGAAGAUCACAGACAUAGUCAACAAAUACAGAAACAGACAGUUAGAACCGGAGUUUUACACAUCUCUUUUCCACGAUGUUGGCCUGAAAAGCUGCACCCCUUAAACCACAGCCCCUAAUGGGGCUCCACGUGAAAAGGGAUUACACUGAAUGGACAUCUCCAGUAGUAUCUGGAAACCAAAAAAAAAAAGAGCUGAUGCACUGAAUGUGUCAUGGAGAAGCCUCUGUAACACACCACCGAGAAAUCCAAACUGAAAUUGACUCUCUGGAUUAACAUAAAGGCUUGCGCUAGCAAUGCAUUUGGCACCAACCACCCUCUGUAGAUUCAUCUGUUAUGCAGCAUGUGGAUCAUCUUACAAUCAUUUGCCUUCUGGGCUACCUGAGAACCAAGAUGAACCUGUUUAUUGAAUCUUGUAUUGUAGAUGCAUUUGCAGUCCUUUAAUGGCUAAUGGUCUACUGAAUGCAUUAAUUGAAAGGACUGACUAAAUUGAUAUGAGAAGAGUCCAUCUAGGUAGGGUAUUAAAGGAAUGAUAUCCCAUGCAAACAUGCACUGUGUUAAUAGACCACAUUGUGUAGAUAACACACCUGCUCUGCAGGAGAAGGGCAGCCUGUUGGUAAAUUUGCAAUCUUCUGCUAGCAACCAAGGAGAUCGUAAGGAAACUAUUUUUAGCUGAGGUUAAGGUUCAGUACAAAAUGUAUGCAAUCCUCGUUUUUCACAGACAAACAUAUCUGCCAUAGUAAUUUCUCAGCAGACCAUAUGCACCUUACACUUCAAUUGAACUAUUUCUUUAUCUCACUUUAGCAAGUGAUAUGAGAACAUAUUUGUAAUCUUCAGGGUUAUUUCCAUUUAUCUCCUGCUGGAAGUAUGUAUGUGGUUAUUAUUGGGCAGUGCCUCUAGAGAGACUACCAUAUUAAACAUGGCUUCUGCAUAUUUAUAUUUUAAGUAGUCUGACACUGCAGUUACAUGUGUGAGUGUUUGUGUAUUUUUAUUUCACUCUUCUUAAUCUAAGAACUUUUUUUUUUUUUUGUAUGUGUUUAUUUAUGACUGGUAAUGUUUUAUGUGUUUGCUUAUUCUGUUAAACCAGUGGUCAUUUUUGAGUAGUGUAAUGGUUGAUGAAACACAUUUUUCUGGAUCACAAGUGGUUGCAUUCUAGAAAGCCAUUUUCUCUAUCAUGUAGGGCAGGCUUCCCCAAACUCUGGCCCUCCAGAUGUUGCUGAACUACAACUCCCAUGAUUCUAUGAAUGAAAUAGGCUGAGAAUCAUGGGAGUUGUAGUUCAGCAACAUCUGGAGGGCCGGAGUUUGGGGAAGCCUGAUGUAGGGGAUGCCCAGGUCAGUCGAUAUAUCAGUCGAUAUUUGUCAAUGAAGAGAAAAAUGUAGGACUGCACUUUUCAUGCUUCUGCCACUACCCAUAAGUUUAAAAUAUUUUUGGAAGUGUGAACCUCUGGAAAUUGUUUUGAGACAAUCUUAAAUAGAUGUCUGCCUUUAAAAUUCCUUUUUUUUUUUUUUUUUUACUGCAGCUGUUCAACAAAGAAACUCUAUAUAAGGCUUAUACUUGUAUCAAGCCAGAAACAUUUCUCUCAUAUAUCUUUUAGAUGCUUUCAAUUACUUGAAAUCACUAUACCUUUUGUAUUUUCUGGAUUUGACAUUACAUAGAAAACACCACAAUGGAACAAUGCCUUGUUCUGUUACCUCUCCAGCAGUCUUCUUCAGAGUCAGUUGUACUAAGCACAGCCAAGCUAUUUAUUUGCAUCCUAAUAUAAAAUCACAAUUCAAGCAUUCUUUCUAAUAUAGGCUCAUAUCCGAAGAUCACAUCUAGAAAAAUACAUAAAAUGUUGUCAUGGUUGCACCAACCUAGGCAAUGGUUCAAUCACUUCUGGAUGUGACACCUGUAACUUGACCCACCAUUUUCAAAACAAAUCCUUCCGUCCCUGUACUCUGGACUCCCCAUGCAAAUUUCCAGCCUGCCUAGCCUUUUAUCAGUAUUUAUUAAUAAAUGCAAUCUGGAUUACAAGUCUUUUUUUUUUUUUUUUUGGUAGUCAAACGAGUUACAAAAAAAUCCUAAAUUCCUUCAACGAUCUAGGGUGAUCCAAAUUAUGUACAUGCAGAUCCAAAUGCCAUGAAUUCACACUUUUGCUGUUCAGGGGGCUGGUCCCUCUUUAAGGGUAAAUAGUCUAAGCAUAUUUGACAUUUAAAUGUACAUACAUUUUGUUAGAUUUAGCCUUCAAUUUUUUAUUUGAUUUAUUUUUUAUUUAUUUUUUUUGCCUGAAAUACUUUUCACUUAAAAUUUAGGCACGUGGCAUUUUGUUUCCGAAUAUAUUUCAUAUUGUUCCUUUUUAAGCUUUUUUAUUUUUUUUUUUUAAAAAAGUCUUCUUUUCCCAAAUUUGACCUAUUGCAUAUUUUAGUGCGGAUCAAAGGAUUUGUGCACUGACGUAUUCUUCAAGUUUAAUUGAUUAAUUGAAACUCUGAGUAUAUUGUUAGCAUUUCACAUUUAAUUUAAGCUAUUAAAAUUUUUAUUAAAGCAAUUACUUUUUUUCAGAUCUCAGCGAAAUUUUAUGUUUAGUCGCUCACGGUUUGCUACUAUAGAAUGUAGCUUUGUGUAUGUAAUUUUUAAUGUCCCACUUCUGUAAUCAUAUAUACACUAUAUGAAUAUUCGUGUGUUGCAAACGCACAACCUUCCCCACUUUCUGUAUUUUUAUGUAAAUAAGAGACGUAGGCACAGGAUUUUCAAGUCACUGUAUAUAAAAAGACUUGGGAUCUGUGCUGCGGGUUUCCUGUUACCUCUUUCAAGUUAGGCCACGAAAAAUGGUUUCUAUUCAUACCAAUCUCCUUUCUCCAAAAAGGAACACAUCAAAUAUUGAAUGUAACACAUUUAGUCAAAUAAAUUUUAAAGAACAUUCUUAUUUAA